AUGGUCAAGAAUCUUCAUCAUUUGCCUUACGAAACCAGGCUGACUGAACUAAAUCUGUUUCCUCUAAAUUACAGGCAACUGCGCGGCGAUCUCAUUCAAACCUACAGGAUUGUCAGAAGCCGUGAGUGUGCCCUAGAUUUUGAUGACUUCUUUGAAUUGGCCCGGACUGACCGUCUGCGUGGUCAUCCGUUCAAACUGCAAAGGAAGCGGGCUCAUUCGGACGUCCGACGGAACGCCUUCUCACACAGGGUCAUCGGGGCAUGGAAUGGACUCCCUGAUGCCGUCGUUCUUUCCGAAAGUGUUAAAUCCUUUAAGUGCAGACUAGAGGCUCACUUGUUGAGAACAUACUGUACAUACAAUCAUGAUUGUUUUAGCGGCGGCAGUUUGCGCCUGGCUCACAGUUACCGCUAACUUCUUAACGUUUCGCAUUUGCUGAUGUAAUUGAUGACUUUAUUUCUGUUUAUCGACAUGAAUAGGGUGCUCAAGGGCGAAAGCCUCAUUCCCUUAAUAAACUGACUUGAAACUGACUUAACUUGGAGUAAAUUUCUCUGUCUGCGACUUUUAGGCACGCUUUUACGUGAUGUCCUUGACAUGGUACGUCCCAUCAUGGUCCGUCUUUCAAAUUCGUCUCCCUGGAGACGGAUGCAGACGGCUAUAAGUUUUCUCUGGAAUGUACGUAAUUAUACAAAAAAUAAGCCUACGUUUAAUGGUCACCAUUGCCAUCCAAAGAAAUCAGUAUGCCAUCGUUGUCUCAAAUCGUCUGCCGGAUACCGUUCAGCGUUUUAAUACUGAUACCUCCUAACGCACCACCUCGAAUGGCAUUUGACCAUGAAUUUGGAACACAGCGCCCGAUAAAUAAUUCAAAUUUCAAGACAGAAAUACGGAGAAAAUUUUAGCUAGUGACUUUCACUUGCAUUGCAUUUAUCGCUGUUUAAAUAGCUACGUAAUCCACAUGCAUUUGCGUAGGAAUUACGCAAUUGGCCCGAAGCUGGUGUUCGAAGAUGCAACUAAAGCUCUCCCUCUCAAGCUUUUUUGGGCAGUCUGGCGUCUCUUAAUUUUGGCCGUGACCAUGUAUUGGUCCUCAGGAAAUUUAAGCGGCUCGUUCGUCUUUUGUUGAUUAUUAUGACAUAGGGUAUGCCCUAUGUCAUAUCCGCAAACGCCUCUAGCACGUCUCUGGUGGCAACAGAAGGGAUAUCAUAAAAUCCGCAGUCGAAAUUCUUGAAAUUACACAAAUUAUAUAGUCCGAUUCGACAAGAACCGCUUGUGCCUCAUGCUAAUCAAUGCUUGGACCUUUUCGCUGCUCAGUUCUAAAUUCAUCGCUGUAAGCCUUAUAACCAACCGGCCUUUAAAAAUCCCUACACGAUGCACGGUUAUUGAGUUCCAGCGUUUUUUCACACCACCAGCACCUUAUCUCUUAUUCAGAUGAGAGAAAGUUGAGGUCGCAGUCAUCUAGGCAAACAGAAACAAAACUUUCUCACUUAUACCUUUUUGCCAUGCGAAAUAUUUGUGGUUGUGACGCAUUUGGGAGGUCUCUUUUCUUUAAGUUGAUGUCUUAUAGUGUCUGGGUACUUAACGGUAGCCGGAAAGGUGACAUUUUACCGUAAAAAUCAACAUUUCUUGAUCGCCAGAGACCUGUGCGAGUGGAUAACAGUCCGUUUUUUGUAAAUGAUUAUAUCGGAGGGGAUACAGAUUAGAGUCUGCAUAUUUUUCAUAUGAAAGACAUAACUGUCAACCGACCGUUGCUCACAACUGCAUGCUAGUCAGACGUGCUUAUUUUAAUCCAUACCCGAUUUUUUAAUUAUUUUGGAGCAAUUGUUAUCGACGAGAAAAUUGUAUACUCUAGUUACUUGCAGCAUAGUAAUUCUCGCUGACUUAUUUGUGAGCAUCGAAUGAGUAAAUUGGUGACCUCAGAAGCCAAGGCUUCUCCAUCAGUAUUUCCUAUCAUUCCAGUUCUUGUAGGGGUGACGUAAUUUUUCGUGCAUUGUGUUCAAGGUGUUCGGCGAACUCUCCUCUUUUUUCUAUUGCACCUCUGUCUUUCUAGGCGUUCUAAACGCGCCCCAGGGGAACUCCCCUUCACAGCAUCCCUCGUUUUCCUUCUGCUACUCUGGGAUACAUCGAAAGCACAAGGUACCUUUAUUUUGUUGUAAAAUAACGUGGGUUAAUUGCCUUUACCGUUUGCAUUUGAUAAUUUAAAGGAAUACAUGUCUUAAUGACUGUUCUCCUCAAACCCCUCCCUCUUUAUUCUCCUCCUCCCUCCCUCUGUACCUCAAAGACACAUUCUCGACUGCCUCCGAAGAAAUUUUUCUCACGGAUAUCAACCCUGGCAUCUUAAUUGACAUGUUCCACCAGACGCCUUCCUACGUCUACAUUGCGGGCACCUAUGAAGAUACAAGCCACAAUAUCUCCUUCUCGUGUUCACCCAACAGUCUUCGCGCCCUCAACAACGUUAGAGCUACAACGCAUCUUAGACUGUGUUGUUCAGUCGGCAACGAUGAGGACAGCCGGUGCCACGAGGUUACAAGCCUAGAUAAUUCUGUUGAAUUUAACGGUCUGCAGCUGCACUAUUCGCAUGCCUCCGUCCUUUUUACCCUGCUCCUUCCUCCCCUUGAUGACCGCAGCAAUGGGGCGCGAGACGCCACGUUCUACUGUCUCCUCCACGCAUCUUUUGAUGCCGACGAACAUCUGGUCAUCCGCAGUGGUUUGCUCACACUUCGAGACGCCCUAGCUCAUGCGGCAAAUCUGGACAUCCAAGGCAGUUCCCAGGCCAUCCACCUCCUGCCUCGUGCUUUGGACACCCUGGAUUUUCCACUGGCUCUACCUUGUGGUAACCUUGCCGACUCCGUACCCUCCUGGCCUCCUUGGAUGACCUCCGUUUGGUCCCAGACAGUCCUCUUUGAGUGGGUUUUCUGUCAUCCAAAAACGGACUCUCCUAUGCCUCUACCUGUCUGCGCGAAAACCGGCAUCCCUCUCUAUACGGCUAAUGGAAGUGGCGAGGAGUUCUUGGUUUCUCCCAGUAGCACAUUAUAUAUCACCUCGGGGCGGGCACUCCGUGGGCAUCCCAACGCCGUCUUAAUGUGCCGAUACGCGCCGCGCAGGGUUGCCGUAAGCACGUAUGCUGCACGGGCCUCCACUGACCUUAGCCCCCCACUCCUAUUGGAGGGUUUUUCCUUUGUGCCUGGGGUUUCUCCAUCCACCAACGAUAGAAUCAACAGGGCCCCAGCACCUACGCGUGUCCCACCCGCACACGCACGUUACGUCCUCCUUGAGGGUUCCACCCUGCGAAUCCCAUUUCGCUUGUUUGGAGUCCACCGACAAGUACCUGGGCUUGCAGGGGGUCGGAUCCUCUGGUUUAAGGAUGGACUUCCUGUGACAGGAAGCCACUUCUCACUACAACUGCCUCAGCAUAUUGACAGAAGCCUGGCCGGUGUGUACGAACAGUGGAUCCUAUCGGCUGACGGCCGAAAUCUCACGUCGCGAACAGAGAUUGUGGUCGUGGGUCCACCACGCUUUACCGCGGACUGCAUACCCGAACUGACGUACGUUUUUGAGGGCAGCUACUUCAGUACACUCUGUCGAGUAAAAGGACUGGACACUGCCCGAGUAAAAAUCGGAGUGAACGGGUGUGAGGGCAGCACACUGAGAGAGCUUGCUAGGGAAAUUCGCCGGUUGGCGAAACCACCAAUGAGCAAACUCGACUUGAGGACAGUCUCCAUUCUGACCACAGAGGGGGAUGAGGGACGUGUGGACUUCCGUGUUGAAAGCCUGCUUUUGGGCCAAAGCUUUCACCUCACCAUCAGAGCCUUUAAUGCGUUCGGGGAAUCACACCAAUCGGGGACAGUUCUUGUAAUAGGUGAGUUUUCCGUUUGAACCCAGUGCAUAUUUUUAUAAUGUUCAAUGAUCGGCCUACACACAACAACUAAAAUUUUCCACAAGCUUUGAGUAAAGCAGCCUGGCUGUGUGAUUUACCACCUUUAUACUUUAGGAUACUUCAUUUUUGGUAGCUUCAAGUUUUCGGAAACUGUCAAGGUUCUCCUUCCACCACAUUUGGGAAACAUGUGGUCUGUCCAGGUCAAGCCAAAUGGUGCGAUGUAGCCUCACACAAACUUGUAUCUGGCUGAAGUGCGCACAUUAGCACAUUCUGGCGCGACUUCCCGAGCGUGGACUUGUGGGUCAACCGAUACAACGGACUUAAGCGUCUCUUAUUCACGCCAGGUUUAUGGCUGUCAAUAAGUCUAAAAAGACUAUUCCAAUCCCCAUUCUUUUCAUAGGAACGCCCCUCGAAUGCGAGGUGUUGUACGAUUUUGCUUGUUGCCGACCUUGUAAGGACAGCUGUUUUUUUCCAAAAAAGAACAGCGGGAUAGGCUUGAUUCUCCUUAAUUAGACGUCAGACAUGGUCGUACAUAACUGUGUGGUGGCUCGUUUCUGUAAAACGUUGACCAGAAUAGAAGCAGGAGGGAGUAAAUUUUAGGACAUUGUUAAGACUGACAUUUAGGAAAAGAGACACCACACAGCCAGACAGCGCCGGGUUUCCGAUCCACGAAUUCGCUCCGGGCGCUUCACCUCUCGUCUGGCUCGGACGCGAGCCUGGAAGAGAAGCCGACGCUGGGGAAUUCACUCCCGCGGCAAAUCAGGCCACUCCUAGCUAAUAACAGAUCAUACGCGCUUAAAUCCAUCAUAAGGUUCUAAGGAUCGUGGCAUAUAAGGUUGCCACUUCACAGCGCAACUUGAUCCUUCUUGGUGUGGUCUUUAUGGCACUCUCACGCAUGUAGGCUACGAAGCGCUCCUACAGAAGCUUGGUACAUACAGUGUGGCUGCUUUAUUUUGCCAACAGCUCGUUCGUCUUUUGCUGAUUAUUAUGAUAUAAGGUAUCCGCAAACGCCUCUGGCACGUCGUCGGCGGCGGCAACAGAAGGGGUAGCAUAAAUUUUGCACUCGGCAUUCUUGUAAUUACAUACAGUAGGUGGACUAACUCAUGAAGUGUCAACCGAAAUUCCGAAAUGCGUUUUCGUUUCGAAAGGACUAAUUAGGUAGGGUUGUAGAACUAGUCAGCCUGCAACAUAAUUUAAUAAUAUUUUAUUUACCUCAGAAUGCCAGCUUACGAAUGAACUCCCCUACUGCUGCAUACAACAACUACACCAUAAAAAGUGACUACUUAAGUAGCAUGAAGUUUUCUCAUUGAUUUUCGAUGCCCUAAAAGUCCAAUUAUAUUUCAUGGAAAACAUACAUAAAAAUAUUAAUUCCUUUGCUCAUUCGGUAGAUAAUUGCGUCUUUUUCCAGUUUUAUACUCGAAAAAGGGACAUAUUUCGGAUUUUAAAAAGUUUCUAAUUGUGGGACUUUAAAUACCGUGAAAGGCCGUUCAUAAAUCGUCAUGUCUUUGCAUUUACCAGUGCGGUUUGUAAAGUUAACAAGAUGGCUCAAAUUCACUGCUAAAUUUUGUGGAUCCCAUAAACUCCUCCUUUAUUACCGUAGAGAAGUGUGUUGUUUUCCGUACUUCUCCUUCGAGUAUAAGAUUGGAAGAAAACGUAGUUAUCUACCGAAUGAGCGAAAGAAUGAAUAUUUUAUGCUUUUUAUCCAUGAAAUAUGAUUGGACUUUUAGGGGCAUCGAAAAUCAAUGAGAAAAAAUCAUGCCGUUUAAGUAGUCAUUUUUUAUAAAGUUUAGUUUUUGCAUACAGCCGGAGCGAAGUUAAUUCGAAAGCCGGCAUCCUGAGGUAACUAACGUAUUAUUUACAACCCGACUCAAUUAAUCUUUUCGAGACGAAAACUCAUUUCGUAAUUUCGGUUGACAUUUCAUGAGUUAGCCCACCUACUGUAAUUUACGCGCAAGGCACCGAUACUGUGCCUACGCCGUGGGGCACUCAGUGGCUGUCGUAAUUUGCGACGAUUAAUUAAUAGAUACCAGUAACUUUGUCUUCUGUUAGCCUCUCUCUGACGUCCUGUUGGUACAUCAUUUGAUUUCAGUGGAAGUGAAGUGUAACCAAUAUGGAUUUCAAAGGUACACACCUACUUUCCCUGAAAUAUACUGAUGAUGAUACUGAUGACUGAUGAACAAACGCGCCUUCCGCGCGUGCCCUCACUACAGCAGAUCUGACGCGCUCCUAAGUUGUCACGGUGUUCUAGGAUUGAUAGCCUGGAAAGUCGUUUGCUUACUGGAUAAGUCAGUCCUCCAGACUGAGAAUGUACUGUAAUGACUCCAUGUGUCCUUAAUGCGGCCCGCAUGUAUUUUCGACCGGCGGACGUGCAGGCCGCGUUAUACCAUGUCAGUUGAUGCGUCCGACCUCGUCUCCAGUCAGAUCGGCCGGCUCUGCAUGAAAAAAACGCAUCCGCGUCUGCUAUACCAGGAUCAGCAAACCAUGGCCCUCGCAGCCGGGUAGGCGCUGGCAGUUCACCGACAUCUGGUCCCCUGCCGGUAAAUACGUUUGCAGUCCCGCGGGCAAUAGAGAUCGUGAACAUGGCUGCCAAGUUAUCCUAGUCUUUCUGACCCGUUUUGGUGCUAUUGUUGUUGGUUAAAAUCCUGGUGAAGUGUUUGCUGUGGACCAAGGGGUGUAAUAGUGCGCAUAGGUGCGGAUCCGGUCGUGCUGGACACCUGCGCCGCCAUCACCUCCGAUCUUCUUAACUACGUCCUGACGCCGGGUUUUGAUGAGGAGGAGGAGAGCGUGCGGCAGAUGUUGCACAAGUCUACACUUACCUACAGACUACUCACGCGCAAGUCACCGUGCCUGCUUCACCCUGCUGUGGAGCACGACGGUCGGACUUUUGUCGUCGUCGUCGUCGUCGUCAUGUGUUGUGCCCCCAAAACGGACCACGCUGUAGAUACGCUGGACCAGCACAGGAACUAGAUCGGGGUCCGGCAAGCGUGCUGCUCGCGCCGCGCCAAUUGGAAUCUGAGCCAUCCCCCUCUUUUCCUCCUGCUGUGCAGGUCAGUGGUUUGUCGUGGACCAGGGCUGUGAUGGUACGCCUAGGCACGGGUUUUCGCCACGCCAGCCGCAUGCGUUCUCUCCCGUCUCCGGUCUUUGUGACUUUGUCUUGACACCGGGUCAGGGUGAGGAAGGAGGGGAAGAGAGCGUAUAGAAGCGACGCAAGUCAACCAUCGCCUUAAACUAACUCACGCGUAAGUCACCGUCCCUGUUCUCAGCCUGCUUUGGAGCACAACAGUCGGACUGUCGUCGUCGUCGUCGUCGGUAUGUGAGGACACGAAUUCAGCCACCACUUUCACCCAGAACUGGCCGUUGACGCAGUGCAAGCCACGACUGCGCUCUCUACCGGACAGCCGUAGUCCUCAUCGCUUAUAGUGGCCCAGCUGGUAUGUCUUCGCCCCAAUACCGCAUCGAGUCUUCAAGCCUGCGGGCAGGCACCUGCGCCUAGGUUGGCAGCCAUUCUUCUCGACUCUGUUCUUUUGCAGACUCCCUGACUCUUAAGGAAGCGACCUUGGUUCCUGGAGCCAACCAUUUCCAAAAGGCAGAUGUUGGGGCUAUUUAUAUAAACAUUUAACUGUCUUUCACCUUCAUCACAACCGCUGCAGAGAUCACAACAAAAUAACGACCCGCUCAGAUUCAAAUGUUACAAUGUGCCGAAGGACUGCAUGAGGUGAUCUCACCCCGCUGGUUAAGAAUCCUUUCUAACUACAGUCACAGGCCGCUAUGAGAGGUUUUGUUCGUUUUCGAAUUAAUCUCGUAAAAAGAUGAUACAUGCAAACGUACUUCGAAGAACUGCCAAAUAUAAAAAAAUGGCGAAACAUUCCACGUCCUGCUUAUGCCAGCUUCCGCUUCUUCUUGUUAAAUCAGUCUAGAACGCGUGAACUGGGCUUUAGUUCCGAUUAUAUGCUGCUUGAUCUGUUUGUAUUAUAAACUCUAAUGGUUCACGAGAAGGAGAAGACGAAGAAGGGGUUUAUCCACAGAAAAUGACGAAACUGUUGAAUAUCUGCCUUCUUGCGUUCCGUGUUCGUAUGUGCAGUCGUUAGUGGGAUUCGACCUUUGCCUGGGCGUCUGCGUGACACUCUCCUCUUCCCGCCCCCAGCCAGGACUUAGUUCUGACUUUUAUGGCCGCCGGUUUGCUGCUUACCGCAUGUGUUACAGUCCGUUGCCUUCCCGUUGGGCGUGGUCGCGUAACUUCACGCCUGGGCGCGACAAGUCUCUGUGCGGUCAGCGCUCCACCUUGUAUCGACUUGGGUAGGUGACGGAAAUGUCACAAAGCCGCCCGGCCUUCUCCUUCUGCUGCUGCUUCUUCCCCUGAAUUAAUUCCGGGGGGGAGGGGGUAGGAGUGCCAAUGCCGUCUUAUGUCAUUAAAUUGAGUUUAUUCAUUAGGGUGAGGUGAUACCAUAUUAACAGCACAGACACUAACCAGAAGGGCAUGCGCACGUGUUUCGCUGAUAUUCUGCCGCUGCAUGGCGCAGCUGCCAUGGGGUUCGGCUCGUCAGUGGGUCCUCCCCCAGCAUUCCCUGUCUGCUUUCUGGUAGAUACUCCAAUUUAGAAAUUGUCGCUUUUUAAUUUCCCCAGUAAUUAACCACGAACAUGGAAUAGACCAGUUUAUUCAAAGUCUAAAGUAUCGGACCGAGAAUUUUAUGUAUGAAUAUUUGAGCCGAAGUCCAUCAGCCACAGCGGGUAACUGCGUCAUAUUCAUUAGAUGCCGACAGGCAGCUAGUAGUAUACUUUGGGGUAAAGUGAUACCAUACUAACAGCACAAGUAUUAGCCAAAAGCCCAUACAUGCCUGUUUCGCCGAUAUUCUGCCGCUGCAUGACGCAGCUGCGAGGGGUUCGGCUCGUCAGUGGGUUCCCUAGCAUUCAAUCAAACUAUGUUGACAGAUAAGGUUUAUUUUUUUGGUUCGUAAGGAAACCUUUGCGAAAAUCCUCCACUCCACAACCAUCGAUAUCGUCAAGUGACUCAUAAAAUUCCGUUUCACUGUCCCCAUCCCCCUGGAAAUGUUGGAGGGAUUUUCGGCGGCGAUGGAUGUAUACACUCGUGAAGAAGGAGUCCCGAUCGCUGGGACAAUAGCCUUAUUCGCCUGACGUUUUGGAUUCCUACUCGAACUCAUCAUCAGAGGCAAAUGCAGAUUCGGAUGAUCCGUGCACAAGGGCUGCAGUAUUUAUAGGAUGCAGUCGCCAUGUUACCGCAAACCUAUGAAUAUCCAAGGCUCCCUCCUUCAUCAGCGAUCAUUGCACUCGAUGUGAUGACUGUUUGAUUGCCGACAUUCGCGUCGUAAAUUGCCGCAAUUUCAUCACGUGCGUUGGAUGUUGAUGUGAUUAUUGCUCGACCAUCCGACCCACCGACCCUGGCGUUGGGAGCAGUGUUCGCCUGUGCGCUCCCCGCGUGGCCAAUUACUCCGCCUAGGCGAAGUCUCAGCACUGGGUAUGGAAGGGGAAGGUCGUUGAACUUGUUAAUGGACUUUUACAAGUGCAUUAACAAUUAUACAUUUCUUACAUUACACGUCCGUGGAGCGUUUGUGCACUUGUCCAUGUUCUUUACGGGUAGCGAUGCAAGAACAUUUUUCUAAGGUUUUUAUGUGCCCACUUUGUGCGUUCUGUGUGGGGAUCAUCAGCAACUUGUUGCGGUAUUUGUUACGACCCGACUUGGUACUCAUUAAUAACACGAACCGUAUGUGGGCUCAACUGUUCUCCCAGCCACCAACAGGAGGCCAUGACGAGAUGUAUUAAAGCCUGCAAGUCGCUCUCAUUUAGAAAUAAAAACUGCCUAUAUUUAUAGCAUCCUGUUCAGUUUGUCAAGACUUCUAUCCAAUCCGCUUCAAAAAGAAGAGACUAGAAGUGCCCGGCGUCUCCUCGCAGACAUGAACCAGUCAGGUCCCAAGGUAGCACUGUGGCCGUAGCCAAUGGCGAUACACUGUCGAGAGCGUGCUGUUGGCAUGUAUUUAGGACGCACCUACGUGUGUUCCGGCGAGAUUGACUGACUCUUCUUGGGCAUGUGGACAUUCCGAGCAGUGGUGGAGGGGCGCGCGCCGAUCGUGUUACGGAAUUCACUCGUCCUGUUGUGCCAUGGGGCUCUCUCCCGAUCCCCGUCAGCAGCUGCACGGCGGCGCGUAAUGUAGGCGCGCCCGUCUACCCCACUUGACCAGGAUUUUAUGCAGCAGAAGCAGAAGAAGGGGUGGCUCAGAUCCCAAUUAGCGCGGCGCGAGUCUGCACCUGGGCGUGCCACUACACCCCUAAUGUUUGCGUUUGUUAUGGGCGCACAUUCCCGAUGACGCCUGCCGGACACCGAUCUAGUCCCCGUGUUGGUCCAACGCAUCUACUGCCUGUCCCGUUUUAGAGUCAGGAUUCACGUACCAACAGUGAUAUUCAGUGGCAAUUCUGGCAUGCCUUCGAUCUUUCCAAUAUGCCCGUCAACAUUCCUGCACCAGCGGGCAACAAUCCCUGAUGAAGGGGAGCGCGAUUGAUUACCAUAGGUAUGCGGUAGCAUAGCGACUGCAUCCUAUAAAUACUGCAACUUCCUGUGCACGAGUUACCCUUUUCUGCCACUGCCUCCGAUGAUGGGUUCAAGUGAAAAUCCGAAACGUCGGGCGAAUAAAGUCCUUGUUCCGGCGAUUGCUUCCUCUUCUUCUUCUGAUCACUCUUAUCUCUCCGCACACUGUCCCUCACUCCCCCUCCCGCUUCCACCCAGUCUUGUAGGUAAGCGCCUUCCACCCCGUCUCUGUCUUUAUGCCAGAAAAAUCUGAAAAAUACCAUAUUACGACUUAAGCGAAAAAGGAUUAUUUAGUGUAGAAGUGACCGACUUGCACCAAGUCCUCAUUUCCGUCAAGGUGGUAGGUGGGUAGCUUACACGUUGCAUCAUUAUACUAGCACGAAUAAUCGAAAGUGGAAAUGCGGUCCCUGUUGACCUAUUGAUUAGUUUUCUGGGUUUAGCCAAAAGGAUCUUCGGGGUUGAAUUCAGGGGGAAAUAUCGCAACUCCAUUUCGAAAGCCCGCCAUGAAAGAGCACAGGAAGGCCCUUGAUUCUUCUGCCCACUCACCCACUUAGGAUGCGGUGGGAGAGGGUGUGUUGUUUAGCGACGAUGGAAACUUAGCCAAGCAGGCGCUACGCUAGGACAGGCAAAUGAGAGUAUUCAAGAUCAUCUACAAGAGACAUUGGUCAGUCUAGAGUAAGUACAUUGUAGCACCUUUGGGACGCUGUCAGUAUCCUGGGUACGGCGUCCCCUUUUAGCAUACGGCCAUCCAGACGGACAACGCUGUCGCCCUCACUGAUCGCCCGGUUUGGAUCCAUUUCUGGCCGACCGUGCACUAUGUUCUUGUGGUAUAGUCUGUGCUUGUUUUGGCUCCCUCAACGAAUUGCGCCGUAGACGCGCUGGACCAGUCUGGGGGGGGGGGGGAAACGGCAAAUUGGGUGACAGCAGGCGCUAAUCAGGCUGGGCGGAGUUCGCGCGAGCCGACAACUACGGCCGCGCCAGCCAUUGCGCCAAAUCCCAGCACCAGACAGCCAACGGUCCCAGACAGCCGACUGGUGCUCGAAAGCGGAAAGAGGGAGUGCGAUUGACACUGGGUAAUCCAUCCUCACAACACAUCAUCGCACUCCUCAUUAAUGAUAACUCUAACGCGCCUGGAUCUACCUAGAUGCGACACCAGUAAUGACUCGGGAGACUGCCAGCUGACAAGCUAACUCGGUUCUGUCAGGACCGUGAGUCUGACUCAGUAGCUCCCCCCCAAUGUGGCCCUUAUGCCACUCCCACUUAGGUGGGAUCUCAGUCUCCCUUAUAAAAGUCUGGCGCAUUCUGCGGGGACCAGGUCGUGUGUGGUACGCGUAGACGGGUCGUUUAGUUUUGUCAAUCCCUGGUCGUCCUGCCACUGUUCUGUCACUGAAACUGUGUGGAUGAGGGAAGAGAGGGAGUGCAAUAGAUGUUGCGCAAGUCGACAGUGCUGCACGCACAUUCUCUCGAGCAUGCGGCGAACGUCGUCAAUGGCGACGCCGACUUGCCCUCGUAGGGCUGACAAUGGACACAUUAGUUGACGGUAGCAAGAAGCCACCGUCCAACAUGUCUACGUACCUACUUUCUUCCUCUCCUCCUUCAUCGUUCUGCACUUUUUCCAGCUUUGCUUAUGGAAGGUAUGCCCACUUUAGGAUGUGUCGUCCAUAUGUUUUCUUAUGUCUCUUUGCUCCAUAUCAUAGUACAACGACAUUUCACAAUGACCAAGCAACGUCGUUCUGGUCGAAUUCUUCAUGACGUUCUUCAUCCUCCUAAUUGCUGCGAAGUCCUCCCUCCCCCCUCUCCUCCACGUAUCAUAGCAUCCGCCGUAUCUCCUACCGUACAUCACCCCAUCAACUUUCCCCUUUACCAAAGAGACAGAAGUCCAGAAAGUGUGAUCUUAGUUGUCCCCAUAGCGGUCAUGCAGUUUUUGUAUAAACACAUACCUACCCUCUCGUCAUUUAUUUAUCUGUAUCUUGGUCACGGUCAAUGUAGAACUUUUUCUUAGAAAUUUUGAAAAUGAUAGUUUCAAAACGAAGCUUUCUCUCUCUCAUCCCUGCACGUCCCAAAUUCUUUUUAAUAGACUCGGAGCAGGUAACCGGCGUCAGUUGGUUGGCCAUAACUUGUGUUUAUAUUGCCUCGUUGCAUCACUGUCACUGGUUGGUUCCCUCCUCUUUCAGCGAAACCAGUUCUCAGUCAAGCGCCCGCCAUCGCCUCUUGUGUGGCCUCCGACUGUGGCACAGAACCCUUCACUGUCCCCUGUGUGCUGGAGGAGAGUUAUGUGAAACGCCUGAACCACAGAUAUAACAUCACAGUCAAGCAGGACUGGCUUAUUAACCGCCAGUGGACAUUAGAUAGCCUGGCCAACUCGACCGCCUCGCUUUCCACCUACUUCAUGUUCGAUCCCACAAACCUGGUGGGUCCUAUCGCUCUCCCUUUUCUUUUCCUCGUCUCUCUUUCCGACUUCUCUUCUCAUGUUUCCCUCCUCCUCUUCUUCCUCUUAGACCUCCUUGACAGUGUCUCCGGCACGUCCCUUCCCGACCUCUAACUCCGAACGUAAGGGGGCCGGCGAUGCUGGAGUGGGUAUGGAAAAUCAAAGUCUUCCGCUCACCCUUGAGGAGGCGAUGGCUCUGGAAACGCGACAGCGUCCACUGGCUCUGCAUCUGGAAUGUCGCGUCCGGCUCCACCUGAGGGAUGCCAGCGUCUCCUUCCAGGCCCCACCUCAUCUGCAGUCAGCACGGUUGCAGGACAAACACCUCAUCUUCGACUCCUCUCUGGAGUUCCCGCUCGCCACCUCCUUGCCAGCUGUCGCGAAUGCGUUCACCGCUCUUCGGCGCUUCGUGCCGGAGUCGGUGAAGCAGGAAUCUGGUGAGUGCCAGGCUGGACAUUUUUGACCACUCUUUUUAUCCCUCUAUUCUUGCGCAAGCUUGGGCCGAAGCCCAGGAUGCUGAAACCGGCUCGUUCGUAACUGCCGUGGUACUGAAGUUGGUGGGCGACCGUUUCUUACACCAGCGCCUAUUGCAUACAGGUUUCCAUCCCAGACCGUAUGGAUAAUACCCAUGACGGUAGAAGCGAAUGAAGCCUUCGUCUGUUACGUAUUGAAUGCGAUUAAUAACAUUGCUUCCUCAUGCUAUUUUCGUCUUGCGUUGAUGCUAACCGAACCGGCGUAGCAACCUCACCUCCCCAUGCUUGCUCAGUCCCCUCGUGGAACCAGAGCGUCUACACAAGACUUGCAGUUUUCAGAGAGAUGAUGAAAUCGGCUCGUUCGUACCUGCCGUGGUACUGCAGUUGGUGGGUGGCCAUAGCCAUCAAGGAGCGUUUGUCCGGCCAUGACACCUCUCAGGCGAGUUGUUGUUGCUGGUAAGGGGGCGGGGUCUUCUUUUGAAAAGCACCUGCUGCACCCUGUCCCCGUCAGUAUAAUCCCAUGUUGUUGCAAACAGUCCACAUCCUCGUCUGGUGCCCAUGAAUACCAAACAAUUUCCGUUUAUUACACCAGCGCUUAUUGCAUACCGGCCUCCAUUCCAGACCCGACGGAUAAUACCCUUGGCGGUAGGAGCGAAUGAAGCCUUCGGCUGUUACGUGUUGACUGCGAUUAAUAGCAUUGCUUUCUUAUGUCAUUUUCGUCUUGCGUUGAUGCUAACCGAGCACAGGCCUUCCGGCGUAGGAACUUCACCCCCCCCCCCCAUGCUUGCUCAAUCACCUAGUGGGACCAGGUCGUCAGAGCGUCGACAAAGGACUUGUACUUUUCAGUGAGACCACCGUCAUCUCAUGGUGUUGCUGUGCAGCCUUCGCAUUGCAUUGGCCAUUUUUUCGAAGUGUUUACACUAAUCCCCGGGGUUGGCUGCCUGGUCCGCAAUAAAACCGCCAUUCACAUCGCGAAGGGAGUUGCUCAGCGCAGGGGGCCUACCAUUCGGCGGCGUUUUCGGGCGCCACCAACGUCUUCUCCUUCAGCUCACUAUUGUUUGCCGCUCCGGCUCUGUGGAAUUACUACUGGUUGUGGAACCUGACCCUAACCUCCUGAACUCGUAUCCUCACUUUUAUCGGCAGUCCUAUGCAUUUUCAGUCGCAUAUUAGGGAAGGAAUCAAGGCGGCUCUGGCUUACUGGUGAUUUCUGGGAUCUAAAUUUAUUCCAUGCUCAUGAUCAGCCCGAGAGCUGUGCAGCCAGAGGUAGAGGGGUCCACUCACCGUCGCGCAUGUCCAUUUUCGUUGCGCGAAUGGAAUAGGACGAAUAGGAUUUCGUCGACACUGGCUCUCAGAACUCUUGUCGUUGCCUGCAUACAAUAGGUGGGCUAACUCAUGAAAUCUCAACAGAAGUUUCGAAUUGCGUUCCUGUUUCAAAAAAGAUUAAAUAAGUAGGGUUGUAAAACUAAUCAUCAUACGGCAUAAUUCUAUAAUAAUUCAGUCACCCCAGGACGCUGGCUUUCGAACAAACGUCUUUUUGGCCGCACCCAAAAACCAUACUCUGCAAAACAUGACUACUUAAGUGGCAUGCAUUUUUUCAUUGAUUUUCGAUGCCCUUAAAGAUUUAAUUAUAUUUCAUAGAAAACAUGCAUUAAGAAUAUUCAUUCUUUUGCUGAUUCAGUAGAAAAUUACGUCUUCUUUCAAUUUUACACUGGAAGGAAGGAUAUAAUUCGGUUUUAACAAGUUUCUAAUUAUGAGAUUUUUAAUACCGUGAAAUGGCCCUUCAUUAAACGCCAUGUCUCUGCAUUUACCAAUGUGGCUUCUAAAGGUAGCAAUGUGGUUAAAAUCCACUGCUUAAUUUUAUGAACACCAUAUGGUCUCCUCUUAAUACGGUAGAGAAGUGUAUGGUUUUCCGUAAGCGGAAAUUAUACGGCUUGUAGUUUGCGAAUCCUGAAUGCAAGUGUAACGGCAGGUCAGGUUCAAAAUUAUUCGGGAAUUGGAAAAUUUUAUAAAACCAAAUUAUACCCUUCCUUCGAGUAAAAAAUUGAAAGAAGACGUAAUUUUCUGCUGAAUCAGCAAAAGGAUGAAUAUUUUUAUGCGUGUUUUCAAUGAAGUAUAAUUGAACCUUUAAGGGCAUCGGAAACCAAUGAAAAAAUGCAUGCUACUUAAGUAGUCACUUUUUACAGAUUAUGGUUUUUGGAUGCGGCCAAAAAGAUGUUUGUUCGAAAGCCAGCGUCCCGGGGUAACUGGAUUAUUAUAGAAUUAUGCUGCAUGAUAAUUAGUUUUACAACCCUACUUAAUCAAUCUUUUCGAACCGAAAACGCAAUUCGGAAUUUCUGUUAAGAUUUCACGAGUUAACCCACCUACUGUACAUAGUAUGUUCAAUAGUUUCACGCCGUUCUGGUAAUUAAUGCUUAUUCCCGACGGUCCUCCAUGAUAGGCUUUCAUCUGUACGGCUGAAAAGGUCAGGAGAAAGAACGCAACCCCACCUCAUCUCGUUUGUCACUGCAAAUGCUUCCGGGGCCGUCUGUGACGCGUGCCAUCAUUCCGCCAUGGAGUUGCCGCACCGUUUGUGUAAAAUGUCGUGGACAUCCAAAUUUCAGCAUCAUUUUUUCCAGAGCCCAUCGCGGUUGACCGCAUCGUAGACCUUCAUCAAAUGAAGGAAGAUGGUGUAGAGUUCGGUUUGCGCUUCGGUCUGUAGUUUGUGCUCUGCGAAAAUCAUGUCGAUGGUUCUACAGUUCUUCUGGAAUCCAGGGCUGAUUCACACUUGUAUAUUGCCACCUUCCAUCAUCUCUCAACUCGUGCACCUAUUGGCCGCUGGGCUGCGACUCUCGGGGUACAGCGUGGGCUGGAUUCUGGGCAGGCUUGGAAGAUCACAUCGAUGGGCUCCAUGGUUUUUCUGCAAUCUACACUGAUUUCUGAAAAGAAGUUCUCGCUUCAGAUGUAAAUCCAGAAGAUUGAGUGGGACUCAGGUCAGUAUUGAGAAUGAAGGUACUUCCUCAACUCCCAAGGUGAUUGUCGUAGAAUUGCUAGUUUUAAUAGUGUUCGUGCAGGUGACCGGUUGCUGCAUCCUUGAAAUUUUCCCCAACCGGUUUUUUUGUCGCCGCAGCUUCUGAACCAUUGACUAAGUUUCUACGUGAGUUGAGUUCCCCGUGGUUGCAGACUUUUUUUCUCUGAACGUCUCCUGUGAGAUGGAUGUCUGCCCGUCUCUGUAGGCGGAUCAUUUGAGGCUGCUAACGUCCCAGGAUUGUAACAAUAAUUUCCGCACAGCUUAAAAUUCACUAUUUCGUGCCGUUUUGUAGGUAAAAAAAGACUGGUACGCAACCUUUCACGGGGACCACUGCGACGCCUCUGCGCUUCGAUGAUUCUCCCUCUCGAAAGGGAACCGUCAAUCACAGACUCGCCGUUUACUACGCAAUGUCCUCUGCAGGGCUGCGGAACAGCAGCAGCCGCAGGAGAAAGCAAUCCGACAGCGCCAUUUUUUCCCCUGCUAGGCAGCCAAUCAGGUGUGAGAGCAAUGCGACCGCUCCAACGGUCGUCUUGUCCAGGCCAGUGGUGUGUGCACGACAGACGCUUAGCGCGACGCGGCGAGAGAACUCAUGCCUGUUUUGACGCGAAAGGAAGGUCAACUGGCGAUCUGCCGGGGGGGGGGGGGAUUGCUGCAAUUCACUUACGCACACGCAUAAACAGCUGAGCCCCAGGCCACGCCACUGGGCACGGCGGUUCCAAUUGACGCCCGUGAUGUGUUUCCCUCUCGAGUUAGUCCUGCGCAACUCUGGAAGAACAGUAAACUGGUCUCAGGACUGCCGUCCGUGGUAGGGCUACUUGCGUGGAUAACGUGUCAUGGCCGCGUGGGUGUUUGCAUUGCGCGCACUGUCUAGCGGGUUCAUUUUAAAUCCUAUUUGCAUUUCCCUAGCCCAUUUGAGGCUGCAAUGACGCACCAAUACUGGCCUACGACUGCAAGGCCGGCCUUUUUGAUCAAGAUAUCUGAAGGUAAGUGUUACCAGUGGAUGCAGGCCUAGAGUGUGGAUCUCAUCCCUAGAACCUUCGAUGUUUACGAUCGAGCCGUGGAGACGCUCUCAUGUGAUUCGCCACUCUUCGCGUGCUCCCCUGAUCGACAGGUAGCUAUGCCUCAUUCCACAUGCAUGUAUAGACGGCCGAUUUGCAUAUGUUUGUUAAGCUUGGAAGCACUUAGAGAUGUUUGGCUCCUUGUCGACUUUUCUUCGAGAACACCCCUAGGCUUGGUUUUAUUAUGCCGAAGUCCUUCCAGCACUUAGUGCAGACCCUGACCUACCUCCGGGGAAGACCUUGGUUACUUUUCUGGUUGAAAUUUUUCUAGAAUUGUCAUUCCACUGUUUUUUUAUGUCCGCCCUUGAAGAUACCGACGUUGUUGCAGUUUUUUAAUUCUGCGAAAAAUUUACCCGCCCGCCGUAGUAGACGUCUUGUCCGCACCAGAUGCUUGAUUAUUUGUCCCGACUAGAUUGUCCCUCACGCACGCACGUGCGACCAGCCACUCACACCCCUAUGCGUGUCGGCUGCGUUGCGACCUAUCCUCGCUGGUUGAUCUUUUUUCUCCUCUUCCACUGCAGCCCACUCGUCGAAGUACCUCCGGUUCACAGCAAUUUCCGGUGCAAGUCAGGACUCCAACCUCUAUCUGUCUGCACAAAACCCGUCCGUCCACUUGGACGCCAGCCAAAACAGUUCACGCAGUAUCUACAUACUGGACAUUGAUCCCCGCUUGUCCCUUACCUUCUCUUGUUUCUCAAACUACCGCGUAGGGCUUCUGAGGAGCAUAGAGUUCUGUUGUGGACACCAUGGUCUCCCGCCAGCUUGCCAUGAUCUAGUGGCCACAGGCUCUCCUCGUCAGGGUGGUCUCAGUAUCUGCCCCGAUCUCCCAGACGCACUCAACUACUCCUACCAACUCACUACCGGUGUUAUACUCAACCUCACCAUGAACCCGGUCUUUCAGCGCAAGUCCGGGUACAGUUAUACCAUCUCCUGUCGUCUUUCCGAUGCUCACUCCGUCCUCGAGUCGGCUCCUCUUCUCCUGCGUGACGCCGGGCAUUUUGUCUAUCGUCUAAUGCCGCCGACGACGACCAACUCGACGGAGAUUGUUGCUGUUAAUGAGACUGAGCCUCCCUACUUCUUCACUUGUGGAGACUUUUUAACCAACGAUUGGCCCGCUUGGAUGACUACCCUGUGGCUGCGAUUGGCCCCCUUCCAGUGGGGCUUCUGUCGGGUUGGUGAGGGGGGUAUCAAUGUGACAGCCUGUGCCGCCUCUGCGGUCCCCCUGACGCUGCCCAACGAUGGGGCCAUCCUCAGCCCCGAGGGACAUCUGGCUCUGUUUGAAGUUGAGCCUAACUCAGCCGUCGUCUGCUUGUCCACCAGGACGAGGAAGGCACUACGGAUCUUCGCUGCUGAGGCCCGCGGCUCCAUCAUCAGGCGGGGUUUGGGCGCCCCGGCGAUGCAGAGUGAACCAAUCAGCGGAGACACCGCCAGAACCGCUUUGAGUGCCCUUUCCCCCACCCGAAAGGAGUAUGCCCUCCUCGAGGGUGGUCCCCCGCCAGCUGCUGCCGCGGCAGACUUUUAUCUCCUUUUCCUUUACAGGGUGGCCCGAGGGCGACCGAAGUACACCUGGCUGCGUAAUGGUAGCGUGCUCCAAUUCACGCAGCUUCAGGAAGCCUUCGCCUACCCCCUGUUCUUUCCAUUCCCGGCCCCCGUCUCCGUCUGUUGUUUGUCUGGGCUGCAAGGGGUGGCGGGUACUUAUCAACUGCUCGUCUCCUCCUUUGUGAGCAGUCGUCGGGAACCCGUGGGUUCGCUUCACUUUACUGCUCUGGUCCGAGUCCGGCGUCCGGUGAGGUUGUUCUGCACCCCCGUCUCUCGAGGAUCCGCCCUUCUGGUUGCCGAGGGUUCUUCCAUUGAAGUGCGCUGCGAGGUGACACCCGUCGCCAAGGACUUGCAGGUUUCCGCGGAACUACAGAGUUUGCGGACAGGUCAGCGGAGGCAUCUGGAUUUCCUUCACGACCCUUUCGUGAGGACUUUUGUGGAGGAGGGGGAUGAAGAAGGUAGACGAGUUGUCGUCUUCCACAGGCACAACUGUUCGCUUGCAGAUGGUGACUUUCGUCUUCUCCUGCGGGCCAGAAAUCGGUGGGGCGUGCAGUACACCGACAUCGUCAUCCGAGUCUUUCGUAAGAAUAUUUUUUUUCAGUCAACUCUCAGCAUUGAAUGAGACAGUCUUCUAGUGUGGCACUGAAGAAGGACGUUUCAAGUCAGUACCGUAGGCGGACGAAGUUUGCAUUAAGGCUUCUUGUGAUCACUGACGACUCUUCAACCCACUCGCAUAGGUUUUGGUUAAAAAGAACACUUUUGCCAGUGCGAUUCUCUACGAGGUCACUUUACAUCUUCCUGGAUAUUGGGCGUUAAUAUUUACAUUUCUUUCGGUUUUUGGGCAAAUACGCACCUUUCUGGAAACUCCCCUUGUGAGUUAGUAAGUCAUAAAGCCGUCGACUCGAGUAUGCUCAAGCGCUAAUCCUACAGUCACUGACCAAUCUUAUGGAAUGUUAACCGAAAUUCUGAAAUGCGUUUCCGGUUAAGAAGGAUUAUUUUGGCAGAGUUGGAAUGACUACCUAAAAAGACAAAGGAGACUAGAACGGCCAUUUCUGGCUUAUUAGCUGUCCUCAGCCAGUCAUACCCAGCUCCGAAGUGUAGAACACCUGAGGCUCGUUCGCGCAACCGGUUGGUUAGAAGCCCAACGCACCUGACCACUGAGCCAUGGGCUCGUCGUCCUGUCGGUUACGAUCGGGAAUAUACAGUGGUAGAGGGGAGCGCUCACCGAUCGUGUUACGGAGCUCACUCUUCCCGCUGGGCCGGAGAGAGAGAGAGAGAGAGCCCUAGGGCAGAUCGGGACGAGUGAGCUUCGUAACACGAUCACUGAGCGCCCCUCUGCCAUUGGAGUUGUAAUAUUGAUUAUCUUGCGGCAUAAUCCUGUGAUAUCUCAGUUACGGCAGGAUGGCGGCUCUUGAACGCGCUUCCUUUUGGUCGUCUGCAAAAAAUGCCACGCAGUACAAAUAACUACUUAAUUAGCGUGCCCUUUUCCAUUUACUUUCGAUGCCGUUAUAAAUUCAAGCAUAGUUCAUGGAAAGCAUGUGCGAAGAAUAUCCUUGUAUUUACUUGGUAGAAAAUCACGUCUUCUUCAAAUGUUGUACUCGAAGGGCAGGCAUAUCUGUGUAUUAAAAAAUAUUAAAUAUUAAAGCUAUACUAAAUUAUGGAAUUCUUUAAGCCCAUAAGAUGUCGAUUCAAAUAGCACCGCGUCUGCCCGUAUGAGACGGCUCUUAGACCAAAUCCUUAACGCAAGCGCAUCGGCAGAUAGGAGUUGAAACUGUUUGGGAGCCGAAAAACUCUUUAAACCGAAAGAAAUCCCUUCCUUGAGGGCAAAAUUUGAAGAAGUCAUGACAGAACAUCAGUGGGUAAACCCUGCAUGUUACAUAAGCCGCCAUUUUUCACUGAAUGUGGUUUUUGCAGGCGGCCGAAAAGAAGCACCUUCAAAAGCCGGUAUCUUGACAUGACGGGAUUAUGUUGCACGAUGACCAAUAUCACAUGCCCGCUUAAGUAAUCCUUUCUAGUCUAAAACGCUUUUUAGAAUUUCAGUUGACAUCUAAUAAGAUUGGCAGCCGACUGUAUGUGGAUUAGAUAUCCUUCACUAUACCCAAAUAAUCCCCCUACCCGAAGCAUUCGUAAUUGCAAGGGAAGGUGGUCCCCUUAGCACAAAAUUUGUCAUUUUAUCACAACUUUGCCCGAAAACCAUGGCGAAGAUUGUGCGGUAGCCUGUUACCGGCUUUUCUGCCAAUCAUCUAUUUUCACCAGGACGCUGCUUGCCAUGUAUUUGUCCGGCAUUUCCAUUCGGAGCGCGCAUCUACGGGUUUUGACCGGUUCCGGCAUGACUUGCAGCAUUGCGUUUCUCGGCUCGACGUGGUGGAUGAAAUUGAUUAGGUCCACAGUUUUGACAGCGCCGGCACUUCCUUGUCAGUGAAAGAAAACAAAUUCGCAGAGCGGACGUUCUACUUGACAAAAAAGCGCUUUUAGGGCCUGUGUCUGUGUGGGGGGGAGGGAUGGGGGUUGGUUGGACCGUUAUUAACCAACUACCAGGUAGUGGUGAUGGCACGCAGCUGAUAGCUGAGAGGACCCUGUGAUUGGUCGAGAGAAGGACGUCCUCGCCGUCGCACGCUACAGCCUUCUUGCUGAUUGCCUCUUUGCAGUCAGUUUGCUCGUCUAACCUGGUGUCUCGCUAAGUUGUGCAACUGGCAACACAAUCAUUAAAAUUCCAAAACCACAACAACUCUCCGUCUUGGACCGGGGGACAAUCACUGGACCGGGCGGCUGUAACCAGCCAAUAAUGGGCGUCCACGCAGAGGUCCCUCGACGGCCGCCGGCUCAUUUACUGUCACUCUUGGCCUCUUUUUCAGUUAAGGAAUUCCAAAAGUCCGCCAAUUUCUGGAUUCCUUUUAAACACUGCCGCCCACUGUUGUACCUGCAUAACCAUGCACAUUUUAAGAUCCGGGGGGGUGCGGAUGGAUGGCUGACUCCCGUUCUUUUGCAUUUCUUAACCCCGACUUGAUCAACCGAAGGUUCGAACCCUGUGACUAGCUCCCUUUGGCGAAUUCCGCUCAGCGCCUUUUUUGGCCUGUUUGUGAACCUCACUUUUUUAGGACUUUAGGGCAUUCCUCGUCGUUUAUUUAAGAGUUCGCCUUUGCCAACCCCUACACUCCGCCCCUUUUUAACGCUUCAGCCAUACCGGUGGUGACGCUCACACCUCGGGCCAUCUUUUGCCCCAGACUCUGUGAUUCAUCUGCGGUAGAAGUCAGCUUUAAGGACCGUCUUCGUGCAGUCUGGCGUGACGACUACGCCAUUUACCCCUCCCUCAGCUGGUCUCUGGUUGGACCGGGCAACCUGACCGAUGUGUCCUCUGAUCCAGAUCUGCGCCCAUUUUUCCAGGUCGAUCAUUCCGAUGAGGUCAGUGUCUGGGGGUUUCUUUUUGCAUCCUAUGCCUAUGCUUGCACACACACACUUAAAGGACUAUUUUCGAUUUGAUACUUCCUCUGUUGGUAGUGGUGAUGAACAUCACACAGCGUCCUAGUUGUGACAUACGCGUGAAGAGGUGUAUUGCAGUUAAGCGCGCACUUGAGAAGCAUCUGUCUCACUGCCUUAGCAGCAGCCAUUUUUCAAUGGCAAGAUAGACUCGGGCGCAGUGGCUGACAAAGCUAAACGACCCGUCUACUCGUACCACACGCGUGCUGGGCUCCCUUUGCGGGCUGGGCGGGGGGCUUGGGUCACACACAAGUGAGAGCACAAUAAAGUUACGUUAAUCAGGAUGAUGAGAUUGGGCUCGUUGAGUGGCGUGGCAUGGGCCGUGCGGGCCGCAUGCGCAUGUACGGCAGCAGAUGAGAGCCCAGGAAGACUGCGCAACCUGAUGGGCACAUACCGUGUCUCAAUGUGGUCUCCGUUAGGGGUAGGGGGAUGCGUAACGGUGGCACGACCCAUUUGCACCUGGGAGGGGGGACGUCAAUUUCGGUCUGGAGACUAAGACACGCUCUCUCGUCUGAGAUGCGCUCUGUAAUAGGCGAUCCCACAAACCAGUAGUCUGUUGUCUUUUUUGAUGAGUCCAGCACACAUUCUGUGACAUGCGGCCCACUUGUGCACUCGUGCUCGUGUCGAUUCUCACUCUCACAUGCGGCUCCCCACCCCACCCCCUUCCGUCAGGACACAUUGGUGAUAACCAUUGCGCCCAAAUCAGGAGCUUUUUUGCUCCAGGAGUUUUGCAUAGUUAGCCGGGUUGACUGCAGUUCGCCCUGUUUGUGUAGACAAUACUUCCUUAUACUUUUCCAUUGGCACUUCUUCUCUCACGCCAGUAACGUAAGCCAGCGAACAGCGUAUUUAAGUAGCAAUCUCACACUACAGUCUCAUCACUUAACAGCUGAAAGGUUAGCACCGACAGAUAGUUUGAACUCCCUGUUUUGACCUGCGGGGGUUUUCGUGCCGGGAACGCAAGAUGAAAUGAAUCGUCAGACUCGGCCGGCGAACACCACAUGGCGUUUGGUCUUCCUGCAGCGCAAACACCUCCCUCUAGGGCUUAUUUGGCGCCAUACGACAGGAGGCGACAGUCUGUCAUAGUCCUCGCUCCUCCACUGUACUUUUUUAUUCUUCCACUCACCUCGCAUGCUGCCGAUGCUCCAGGCUGCUGUGUUGUUAGAGGACGAUGCAACGGGCCCUAUGCUCUACCAGUCUCGCCAUCCCCUCCCCCUGCUACUGCCUACUGUUUACGCCUUCUUGUCGCGUCGUCAGUUGCUAUUUGUCAUUCAUGGCCCCUUGGCAGUGGUGGUGAUUUUUUAUCCUGUUCGAUGCAGCCUAGGACAAUACGGAACGACAGGAGGGCUGUCUUCUGACCCUGUGUGGUGUACUUUGGGGUUUGUGUCAAUGAUGACGCAAAAUAGAAUUGCUAUUUCUCCUGAUUGGGUGCAUGGCUGACCGAGCACAGCGGAUGAGCCAGAGGUGGCUAUCCUGUCUUUGUUUACCUACUGUUUUACUACGUCAAGUCUAGUUCUUGUCACCCUCUGCUUGCAGUCAUCGCUCUUGCUCCUUCCCGAUCCCGCCGGCUUCAAUGCCUCCGGUCUGGGCAGCCUUCUCGCCAGCAAGGGAUUAGGCGAUCCAAAAACUGCGCAGUUCUACCUGCAACUCCGGAUCCAGCUCUUUUGGGAUCUCAGUGUUGCUGGCGGCGAUGACGAGAGGCAUGUUGUCUACGAUACUGCCGCCAUCAGUGACCCCGCCCUGUCUACAGCGCUUAGGGUUCUUCUGAACUUUGACGAAAAGUCAGGUAGGACUGCUAUUUGUGUUCCUCCUCUCCCCCCCCCCCCACUCUUCCCUCUUUCUCUUCCCCUAUCUCGAGCUUUUUAACGUGUUGGGCGACAAAUUGCCCUUCUCAACGCCAUAGACCCCCCGGCACGUGGACCAUGGUCCUCACCGUCGCCUUUUCCCCCCUGCUCGUCACGCGCUGAACAGCAGUUGCAUGAUACUACUUUUGCACGGUCCGCGGAUGCCUGCCUUGCAGCUUGACCGUUCUACUGUUCGCUACCUUUAGACCCACCGAGUAGCCCGCAACUUGGCUAAGAAGUUGGUCCCGUCUUACCGUCGACUUCACGUGAAAGUACUUGCAUAAAUUACAACUUUUAUUGUCAUAUAGGCAUUUUAGCCUUGGCAGAACUGACUAGCUGCCCUGCGACGUACUCUACUCCAUCCAUUGUCACAGAACACAGCCAGUCCUUGUCACACCACUCCUCGUCGUCUGAAAUUUCCCUGUGAAACCUAAGCUUCCCUCGGACACCUCGCCGGGUGUGUGACUGUGACCGUCUUCACCCCCGCGAUGGACUGUAGCACCAUCAGUAUCCUCCCUUCCGCCUCCCUGCCCCCAAACCCCUCCCAUUUCCCCGCUCCCCUCGAAAAUCAGAUUCAAGAUCUCCGUGUGUCCACUGAGUCCCCCUUUUGAUCUGAAACUGUUGUUACCUCAGACGUUGUUCUUUUUGACUGCAGAAAAGGUGUCGCCAUGGCUUCUGGGGACCAUCAGCGGUGUCAUCUGUCUGCUCCUUCUUCUGCUCCUCUGUCUCCUACUGCUUGGUCUCCUCUGUCGCAGGCGCCGACCUCGUUGGUGUCCCUUCGCGGACUUCUCCGCCCCCUCAGCCCGCCCGGGCAUCAGCUACCCACUCGAGAGACCCGAAACGUAAGCACCUUCCUCUGCACGCAUGCGAGCAUGCGUCUGCCUCCUCGUUGAUGGUGAUGAUGAUUCAUUCUGCCAAAAGCACAGGCAGACAGUAAUGCCUUGCACCAUAUGAUGAAACCAGUGCAAAAAUUCUAAAAAAAACUCGUCUACUUUUGUGUUACACGGGAUCUAUUACUCGGUCUUUCCGGAAGCGCUACUGAAGGGGUAAUCAGUAGUAGCUUCUUUUUGGCCUAAAGCGGAAUUCUACGAACAUUUUUUAAAGGUCUGUUUGAUUUCUCAGGCUAGGCGACCCCAUUGGUGAACACCCUUCCAGCAUAGUUAAUGUUUCGAUCAAAAACCGACCCAAAAAUUGACCCGUAGCUCAGUAGUAGAGCGUCGGACUUAGCAACGCUCAAUGAGCAAUACGUGUGCAUCACAUUUCGUCAUCUCUUCAGGAUUGGUUGCGCCAAUUUGAAUUUUUCCUUAAGGGUUUUGUAUGCUGCGCCACCAAUCCCGGAGAGGUGAUGAAAUGCGAUUAACAUGUAUUAGUACGGAUUUUUACCAGUCGUAGAAUCCUUGGUUAGAUUCUGUUAAGAAGAUAAUUGUUUUGUACACACAUAGUCGGAAGACAAGCCGGGGGACCAGUCUCGAAAAUUUAAAUAACAGAAGUUCCAGUUUCCCAAAGAAUUUCCUCGUCCAGAAUACAUAUAUAUAUAUAUAUAUAUGAUAUAGUGCCGACAAAGACAAGGAAGACCGGAUUGGCCACUCCUGGCUUAUUGGCAGUCGUUAGUCAGUCAUACCCAACUCCCAGUGUGGAUAACUUGAGAUUCGAACCCGGUAUCUUUUGUCAUGGAGUUUGUCACUCUACUAUUGAGCCACGGCCCCGUUGUCCUGUCGGUUGUGCUCGAGAAUAUUAACUAUGACCGAUGAACGCUCACCGAUUGAGUUAGGGAACGUACUUGUUCCGUUGUGCAGUAUUUUGUUUUUCCGUUCUAGUAUGAGCCUCAAGGCAUAACGGAACAUGCGCGUUCCGUAACCCGAUCGGUGAGCGCUAGUCUGUCAUAAUUGAUAUUUGUAUAUAUAUUUAUAUUUUGUUCUUACGGAACUCUCGUUCCGUUGUGCCUUACGGGCUCUCGUCCAGCCCAGUAAGUGACCGAUCUCAUUGAAUUUUGACCGAAAUUCCGGAAUAUAUUUCCGAUUAGGUAAGACUGCCUAAGUUAAUUUAUAAUACUGGUUAUCGUCCAUCAUAAUUCCUUGAUAUUUCUGACACCUCAGGAUGUUGGCCUCUGAAUGCACUCCUUUUCGUCUGCCUGCAAAACCGCAAUCUGUAAAAAACGACUACUUAGGUAGUAUGCCUCUUUCUAUUGAUUUUCGGCGCCCUUCUAAAUUUAAACACAUAUUAUAGAAAAACCUACAAAAAUAUUGUUCCCUAUACUGAUUUGGUAGAUGGUCACUUUUUAUUAAACUCCAGUAUGCUGCCGAAAAUGAUCGCAUUGAAAAGCCGAUAUCCUGGCGCGUCUUAAAUACUGUGGGAUUAUGCUGUAUGCUAAUUGAUCUUAUAAUUCUACUGGAGUAAUCAUUCCUAAUCAAAAACACGUCUCAGAAUUUCGGUUAUCAUUUUCUGAGGUCCGUCACCGAGUUUGUGUAUGUAAAGAUGAUUACCCUGGGAAUUAUAAUCACCUUCAGCUCAAUUUUUGAAGUGAAUGCUUUCAUGAACAGAUACAGUACGUGACCGAUCUCAUGAAAUGUUGGCCAAAAUUCUGGAAGGCGUUUCGGACUAGGAAGGAUUACUUAAGUGGGGUCGUUGUACUGAUUAACAUGCAGCAUAAGCCUAUAAUAUUUCGGACUCGCCAGGAUGUCGGCUUUUGAAUGUAAUUCUUUUUGACCGUCUGCAGAAACCACACUCGGUAAAAAAUGACUACUUAAGUAGCAUGCAUUUCUCCUAUUGAUUUCCGGUGGUCUUAUAAAUUCAAAUAUAUUUUACAGCAAACAGGCACAAAAAUAUGCUUUUUUGUUCGUUUGGUAGAAAAUUACAUUGUCUUCAUAUUUUGUGUCCGAAGGAAGUGUAUAUUUGUUUCAAAACAGUUUCUAAUUAUCAGAUUUUUAAGCCCUUGCGAUGUCCAUUCAUGUAAGACCGCACAUGUAUGUUUACUAAUGCUCCUCUUGAAAUGUACAACACAAUCCGGAUCCAUUGCAAAAUUCCAUGAACUCUAUGUGAUAUCUUCUUAAAGGCAUAGAGGAAAAUAUGAUUUUCCUUACGCGGAAAGUAUGCACCUUGUAGACUGAAAUUGUUAAACGCUGAUGCAAUGGCAGAUCAGGCUGAAAAUUAUUCGGGAAUCAGGAAACUUUUUUGAAACCUAAAUAUACACUUUCUUUGAGCAUAAAAUAUAAAGACAAUGUAAUUUCCUACCAAAUGAACAAAAUAAAGCAUAUUUUUGUGCAUGUUUGCUGUAAAAUAUAUUUGAAUUUAUAAGACCACCGAAAAUCAUUAGGAUAAAUGCAUGCUACUUAAGUAGUCACUUUUCACCGAAUGUGGUUUCUGCGGGAGGUCAAAAAGAAGUACAUUCAAAAGCCGACAUCCUGGCGAGUCCGAAAUGCCAUAGGGUUAUGCCGCAUGAUAAUCAGUAUAAUAAUCACACUUAAGUAAUCCUUCCUAAUCGGAAACUCAUUCCAGAAUGUUAGCCAACAUUUCAUGAGAUCGGUCACGCACUGUAUUUGCCUUUACUGGGUUGACUUUCAUUAUACGGACAGUAAAUCAUCUAUUCGUAUGCUGUCGCUUCCUUUUGCCCAUAAAACAGGCCAGGCGGUUGAUGCGUUGGUGGACCAACAUAAAGGCUAGAUCGCGAUCCACCAGGCGUUAUUGGGCGUGCGCACUCAUAACAACUGCCAAAAUUGGGUGUGUGUUGGGUGACACGCCCAGGUGCAGGCUCGCACCGCGCCAAUUGGACCCCAAGCAGACCCACCCUUGUUGCACAAAUUCCUGGUCAGUGUACGUUGUGAACCAGCUGGGCGGGGGGGGGGUGUGUUGGCGCGCUUAGGUGUGGACUUUCGUCAUCCCAGCCGCCUGCGCUCUCCCCCUCCACCGGUCAUCUCGACUCUGUCAUGACGCGGGGCUUAGGUGGGGGAGGAGGUGAGGGUGUGGUGGGUACAGUGCAAGUUACUGUUUCUACCCUCCCCCGGCUGUGGAUCACAUCGGUUACGACCGUCGAACUGCCGGGUUGUCACUUCCUUACCGUGUAAUUACAAACUCCCAUUCCGACCGAUGUAUGUCGUAGUCCCGUUGCAUCUUAUAACUUGUAUAUCAACAAUUUUUCCUUUUAAGCCGUGACUGGCCCAGAUCUUAGCAUGGAUAGAAUUUGUCAUCCAGAUAUCUCUCAGAUACGACAGUUCCUUAUCGGCUCGCCGCAUGUAGAAAAAUUCGUAAAUGCGGUGGUUUAUUUGCCACGGCUUGAAGGCUAGUACAAUUAGUCUCAUGGGCGGUAGCAUAGUGGCCCGAACGCCGGUUCCGCAAAACACAUCACUGCUGGUUAAGCAAUCUGAGUCUACCUUUGUGUGCAGAAAACUUCCAAUGCCCUUCAAAUAGCAAAUCAAAGGCUUGUAUUGUCCCAAACAACGUCAGACCAAAGGGACCGAAGCUUGUCUUGUUCUCAUCAUCUUCAAUAUCGCCAAAGUCGCCGGUAUCUAUCGGGUAAAGACAGACAUAGACAAUGGGUUUGCUUACAUACAUUCCACUUUCCAAAGGCACCUUUCAUGUAGAGAAGAGGGAGACACUAUCGCUGGAACUAGAGCUUCAUUAGCUUGACGUUUCGAAUUCCCACUCUAAUCCAUCAUCGAAGACAGAGUCCGAUAAGGGUAAUAAAUUGCCCAGAUAUUUCAGUAUUUUCUUCUCUUUCACUCGUUUUCCAAUCGAACUCCUCUUCCCUUCUCUAAACAGAGAAACUGUACUUUUUGUCAGCAUUAUUAAUGGCGGACUGAGACUCGCCAAAUCGCCCGGUCCGAGCCAGAUAUGCGCACUAAUACCUCAAUAGCUGGACAGUGAACUGUGCUAGCCGUUAUCUGUUGUAUUUCGAAAGUCUUGUGACGAAAGCAAACUCCCAGAGUAUUGAAAGUGUGCAGUUAUCACCGAAAAUCGCCGUUCAGUCAGUUUGACAGGCAUUUAGUGCAGAAUACUGGAGUUCAUUAUAAAAAGACAUGUAAUGCAUAGCAUCUGGAGGGGAAAACCCCAUUGUGGGACGUCUCGCAUGGCUUCCGUCGGGAACGCUCUUGUCUCACCAAAAUUCGUUACUCGCAUGAGAGACGAACGAAGACCGCAAACAGGGGCCGUUCAGUCGAUUCUAUACUUUUUUGACUUCAGGGGGGCCUUCGAUAGCGCUCCACGUCGGCUUCCCUUGCGAAAGAUUUGUGGCAGAAUGUCCGGAUGAAUCGGAAGUUUCCUGUGUAGGGGUUAAGUAUUCGAAAGAAAACAGCUCUUUGGGAAAUAUUAAACAAGUUUUAUUGUAAAUUUUCGAACUUGGUUCCCCAAGUCGUCUUCAGACGUGAAGUAAGUGUGCAACACAGUUAACAUUUAAACAUGCCGAAAAAUCGAUUUUGCCUUUGUUACUCCUGCUGGUGUGAUGUUCUGAUUGGCUAACGCCUUUUCCACUUUUCUUUGAGGCUGUUGUACACCGUAUCCAAUUCUACGUGUCGAUUGAUGCACGCGCUGUCAGAAUGGAUGGCCUCUAAAAAUUCACCUCUAAAAUUCACGGGAUUAAGUAUAUGCGCGGGACAGGAAAAAAACUAUGGGAACCUGCUUACUAUAUUUUUCGAAGAAAGUGUUUUUCUUCAGAGUUUUUGGUCAGCCUUUCGUUGACCUGUACCGCCCCGAGGAGCCGGCGCUGCUGAAAUACCCACAUUAAUUCAUUUUUCUGCACCUCCUAAACGCAAUUCUUUAAAUAGAAGAAAACUCAAUUUCAAAAAACUUUAGGCGCGGAGAGCAGUCAGAAAGUAAAAAAAAUACUCGAAAUAAUCUUAGCUAAAAUGUGUACAGUAGGUGGGCUAACUCAUAAAAUGUCAAAAGAAAUUUCGAAAUGCGUUCUCGUUUCGAAAAGAUUAAUUAAGUCGGGUUGUAAAACUGCUCAUCAUGCAGCAUAAUUCUAUAACGACCCAGAUACCGCAGGGUGUCUUUUUUCGAAUGAAUAUAUUUCCGACUGCAUGCAAGAACUGCACUCCGCAAAAACUGACUACUUAAGUAGCAUGCAUUUUUCUCAUCGAUUUUCGAUGUCCUUAAAAGUUCAAUUAUAUUUUAUGAAAAAAAUGCAUGAGAAUAUUCAUUUUUUAUUUAUUCGGUAGAAAAUUACGUCUUCCUUCAAUUUUAUACUCGAAGGAUUAGUAUAAUUCGGUCUCAAAAGUCUUUAAUUGUGCGAUUUUAUAAUACUGUGAAAUGGCCGUUCAUAAAACGUCAUGUAUCUACAUUUAAUAAUGUGGACUGUAAAGUUAACAAUAUUGCUCAAAGACACUGCUAAAUCUUAUGAACUCUAUAUGAUCCCCUUUCAUUUCUGUAGAGAAAUUGCGGUUUUCCGUUUGCGGAAAAUUUACGACUUGCAGUUUGGGAACUCCGAAUCCAAAUGUAACGGUAGAGCAAGUUCAAAAUUAUUCGGGAAUUGGGAAAGUUUUUAAGACAGAAUUAUACUCUUCCAGUAAGGAAAAAAUUGGAAGAAGACGUAAUUUUCCACCGAAUAAAUAAAAAAAUGAAUAUUUUCAUACACUUUUUUCAUGAAAUAUAAUUGAACUUUUAAAGACAUUGAAAAUCGAUGAGAAAAGUGCAUGCUACUUAAGUAGUCAGUUUUUGCGGAGUGCAGUUCUUGCAUGCAGUCGGAAAUAUAUUCAUUCGAAAAAAGGCACCCUGCGGUAUCUGAAUCGUUAUAGAAUUAUGCUGCAUGAUGCGCAGUUUUACAACCAUACCUAAUUAAUCUUUUCGAAACGAGAACGCAUUUCGAAAUUUCUGUUGGCAUUUCAUGAGUUAGCCCACCUACUGUACGUCUGCCCGUAAAGCAGGAGGGUUAAAGUGCCAGCGAAUUUGUUAGACAGCAGUUGGUAUUUUCUUAUCCCGCGCAUACAGUAGAUGUGCUAACUCAUGAAUUGCUAACGGAUGUCCUGAAAUGCGUUUUCGACUCUAAAAUAUUGCUCAAGUUGGGCUGUAACAUAAAUCACCGUGGAGCAUAAUUCCAUGGUAAUUCAGAUACCUCAGGAUGCCUGUUUUUGAACAAACUUCUACCCGGCUGCCUGCAAAAACGGCGCUCUACAAAAAUGACUGCUUCAGUAAUAUGAAUCUUCUUCAUCGAUCUUCGUCGCCCUUACGAAUUCAAAUAUAUUUCAUAGAAAACGCAUGAAAAUGCUCAUCCUUUUUACUCCUUUGGUAGGGAAUUAAAUCUUCUUUAAAUUUCGUACUUGAAGGAAGGGCGCAAUCCAGUUUUAAAAAACUUUCCUAAUUCCGGAAUAAUUUUGAGCCCGACCUGCCGUUACACUUGCAUCCAGGGUUUCCAAACUACAACCUGUAUAUUUUCCAUGCACGGAAAAUCAUUCAUUUCUAUACGGUAAUAAGAGGAGACUAUGUGGGUUUCAUGAAAGUUAGCAGUGGAUUCGAGCCAUAUUUUAAGCUUUACUAGCAAUAUUGGGCUCGAGAGAGAACCCGUAAGGCAAAAGGGAACGAGUGAGUUCCGUAAGAAUGGUCGGUGAGCGCCCCCCUGCCCUAAUAUUAGUAAUUGCAAAGACGUGAUGUUUUACGAACGGACAUUUCAUGGUCUAAAAAAUCUCACAAUUAAAAACUUUUUAAGUCUGAAUCAUACCUUUCCUUCGAGUAUAAAAUUGGAAGAAGUCAUUUUCUACCGAAUGAGCAAAAGAACGAAUAUUAUUAUGCGUGUUUUCUAUGAAACAUAUUUGGAUUUAUGAGGGUAUCAAAAAUCAAUGAGAAAAAUUCAUACUAUUCAAGUAGUCAAUUUUCUCAGUGCGGCCGGAAAGAAGACCGUUCAAAAGCCCGCAUCCUGAAGUAAUUGCUUUAUUUUGUGAUUACGCUGCACGGUGCUUAAUAUUAGAACCCUGAUGGAGUAGUCUUUUCGAGUCGAAAAUGCAUUUCAGAAUUUCGGUUAACAUUCCUUGAGUUAGCGCGUCUACUGUAUAUCUAGUCCUUGUCGUUUCCUGCCUCCUAGAGUACAGAGAGUUGUUUUUGGCAAUUCUACCUCUGAAUGUGCAGUGAUUGAAGGUGGUAUCCCACAGAGUCCUGUUUUAGACAGUAUGUUAUUACCGACAAAGACAAGGGAGACUGGAAUGGCCAUUUCUGGCUUAUUAGCCGUCGUCAGCCAGUCAUACCCUACCCCGAAGUGUGGAACACCCGAGGCUCGAACUCGCGACCUGUUAGUUAGAAGUCCACGCCUUUGACCACUGGACCACGAGCCCGUUGCCCUGUCGGUUUCGAUCGGUAACAUACAAUGGUAGGGGGCGCUCACCGAUCGUUCUUACGGAACUUACUCGUUCCGUACGACUGUUUUAGACCCACUGCUCUUCCUGAUCUACGUUAAUGACUGCCCAGGGAACUGCAUGCUAAAGUUAGCAUGUCCGCUGACGACACAUAGAUAUGGGCUGAAAUCAGCCAUGCCAAAGACGCAAAAAUGCUGCAAUCGAACAUGGAUAAACUGAGUGUUUAUUCGAAUAGUUGGCUUCUUUGGCUUAUCGUAUCUAACCCCGUGGUCCUGCAUCUUAGCACCAGCUGAAGAAUAUCUUUUAAACACCAGUUCUUUAUUAACGACACAGCAUUAAAAGGUGUGUAAACGCACAAAGGUCUGGGCGUGUGGACGACCGCUAGUUUGAUGCCGUCAGAGCAUUGUAAGUAAAUGGCCCAGAAGGCAACUAGUAUGUUGCAUGCGUUUAAAGUGUUUCUUCCCGAACUCUUCGAAAAAAUCUUCGGCGCCUUCGUAUGAUCCCAUUUGGAUUUUGGAAUGCCAACUUGGACACCGUGGAUGGGGAAGGCUAUGGGUCUCUUGGAAGGCGGCAGAUGGGUCUAAGGAUGUACCGUGCCAGGAGAGGUUGACAGAGCGUGACUUAUUUCCCCAACUUUACAGGCACUUGGGAUGUAACCUGUUCUGGACAUUCCAGAUUGUCUGUGGUCGUGGUCGUUGUCAGAGCUCAUCCAUGCGGUUAUCUCCACAGGGUCAGCAGUGAACCCACGCGACUAGACCUCGGAAGAGACCUCUUUAGCCAACGAGUGGUCGGACCAUGGUACUCGCUACCAAGCAAGUUGACGACGACCGCUUGGUGACAGCGUUUGAUUGCAAAAUGUGUAACAAAGUUCUUAUUUCACUACGCGAUUACUUACGGCCGGUCUUGUAGGUGACUUCGUGUUUUACUCUCCUUCCGAUCUGAUUCUCGAUAAACAGCGACAGUCGUCCUUACACAUUACAAGUGUCUGCAACCCGUACACUGUCUGUGCAUAUGCGAAAUUGGCCGUACAUUGAUAGAGUCAUCAAGAUUUCUGCCUGUAACUCUUCAAAUAUACAUAUACAUUUAUUUGUCCACUAAGCCAUGAGUGCUGGUGAUUUCCAUGUGUGGGGAGGGUUAGUGAGGUACGUUGACCCAACAGCCACCUCAGUCUGCCUAACCGAGGGCAGUUAAUGGCUGGCAACGUAGAUGCAGAGACACGAUGUACACGACAAAAGGAAGCAGCUCCAUGGUUGUUUAUGCCUGUUUGUAUCUGGCUUUGUUAAUACUGUAUCCGUGAAAGGUCAAUCAAGUAGGGCCGAAGACUCCACGAAAACAUCUAACCGGACGGCUCGACUUGAAGCCAAAGGGCUCCAACACUUUGAGGUGAAAGCACGAUCUCGCGCAAUACGUCCCACUUUGACCUACCACUGCCACAAAUAUUUCUCACGCUACUAUCCAAAGCGAAAUGUCAAGGACCAUUACCUGCCCAGGCUACCCAGCCACCCAAAAAAUCCACAUUUAACAAUAGCAACUGGCAUAAUCUCAUCCCACUCCGUUUUCUGAAGCCACUUCCCUUGUGACGUGUUCAUAAGGUUCGUCACCGUUCUCUCUUACUGAACACAACAUAAAACCCCUUAAGUUGGCUUCUCGGCAAAACGUCUGCGCAGUCCGGCCACACACCACGUAUGCAACGCACCAGCCGCCAUCUCGAAACGCCUGGCUGCCUAUCCAGCUUUUUCAUCACGACUCUCCUCCCCCCCUCCUCCUCCUCAGGCAAACUCUUAAUCCUGCGGCUCACUGGCAAGUCGUCCAGAGCCACCACAUCUCUUUUUUUCUCUGACCGGACAGCGUAGCCGGUCGCUAAUGGACAGACAGCUUACCUUCCACUAUCUGCUUCCGGUGUUUGGUUCAGUGGAUUGCAUAAUUCGACCGUCGUCUCCGACGAUGUCCACCCGAGUGUUCCACAACUGAGUGAAAGCAGGGACAGCGACUUGUGCUUGAGUUAGUUCAAAAGGAUUUUAGACUUCCGCAGUAUCUACCGCGCUCUCUCCUCCCAGCUGGUCCCGGUGUUAAGACCGAAGGCGGGGAGUGGGCACAGGUGAUUGACACGGCGUAAACCCGCACCUAGGCGUACCACCACACUCCCUGGUCCACAACGGACACUGACGAGAAUUUCAUACUCCAAGAAAGUAGGGGUGGAACGGCCCCGAUCUCGAUCGGAGCAGCGUAAAACGGCAAAUGGGCCUGCCACCAGUCCUCCAGUGGUGGCAUUUGUGGCAUAAGUGUGAAAUCCGGAUAGGGCUGCUGGAUACCGAUCUAGCCCCUGUGUUGCUUCAGCGCCUCUACCGCGUGGCCCAUUUUAAGGACACUGCGAACCCACCCUUUCCCAAAGCAUGCCCUUCUCCUACGGAAUUACAAAGGUUUUUCUCAUUGACCGGAAAUCUAUCACCAGUAAAUAGCUCACCUUGACACUUUGAUGGCUAUAUGCGGCCCCUGCCAUUACUUGUAAGACGGUAUACUGUACAAAGCGAUUCCCAGCACUAGCUGGUUGAGAGACCCCGGUGGCCGAUAGGUGUAUGAGAGAGGAAAGAGUGCGUAAAGCCGAUAUUGGAGAAUCUUCCCACGGAAAAUAAGUGCAUUCUUCACUAAAAUACACCUAAGGCGCUUGAACCGACCAAGAUUUGCCAACACUCAUGGUUUGGAGGGUUGCCAACUGGCGGGAUAUCCCUUUCCUUCUCAGGACUGGGAGUCAAACUAACAUGGCGCCUUCCUGAUUUGACUCCUGCAACACUGACACGCCUGAGACUCCGACCGCCCAGUGUAUGCAUUUGGGACCAGGUCGUGUGUGUGGCACGCGUAGACGGGCUGUUUGGCUUUGCCGGCCACUGCGCCCAAGUUUGCCUCAGAUCGUCUUGAGGUUGGCUUACCAUCGAAGCAAGGCGGAUGAGGGUGUAUGGUAGAUGCAACGUGAAUUGACCUCGCUGCCAACUACCUUUGGUGCUAGCCACCACUGCCGUGCCCACUCCGUCUGUGACAGUCGGAAUUUCUCAUGGAAUAUUGUCAGGGACUGCUAAAUAGGCAAGAUGGCGGAUGUCUUAUGGGGUAACGACCCCGUCUUUAGUCACCAACUUUCUCCCUGAAGGCUCCUGCUCUGCUAUUAUCCAGACCCUGCAAACUAUGCUCAUUGAAUACAUCUGCUCUGCCGAGGAGUGACGAUAGUGGCUUCGUUUGACUACUGGCAUAAAUUCCAAAAUUGACGAUAGAGGAAAAUCUAUUAACGAACGACUUUAAUCGUCCAGACAUAAGCUGAUGUAAACUUGCAGUCUUCUUUGACCUGACGAACUGCUAUUCACAGUCAUCUUUUCUUGCUGAACGCGACUGACGGGCAAAUUAACACGGAGUAACGGCAGCAAGACUGAUGUUUAUGCGUUUAUCGUUGUUACUUAUUUUUGUGUAGUUUGACUGAAUAUCAUUUUGCAAUUCGACAUUUGGCCAGACCAACCAUUUUUUGGAAGCGGGAUCAUUCCCUUGAAAACCACAUUCUGUGUUUGUAGACAGCUGCAUUUGCUCAUUCGGCUGAAUCUCGUCCCCCCUGACGAUUCCCUCCCCCCCCUCUUCGUAAGCUCCUUCCAUCCUCCCCUCAGAUCCAAGCAUUAUUUGAUGUAGUUUGCUAAAAUGCAUGCCUCUGUGAAGGAAGACCAACUUGCCUGACUUCUCAGCAGGAGGGGGAGAGGUUUAGAAAGACUGAACAACCAACAACAAGAUUCCUUCACCGCUAAAUGCAGAAGGGUUAGAGAGCUUUUUGAAUCAUCUGUCAAGCCGGAAGCCGAGCUGUCGGACAUUAUGUCGCAUGAUUCCGUAAACUGGUAGCCUUGACAUCAUUGGCCGUUGUGAGCAGUAGUCGCAGUUGUGCAAGUUAAUGUUCUUGUCUUCCUCCUCCCCGCUGAACCCAAAACUGUAUUUGCAAUUUCUGUUCUCGUUUUUGAUUUCCGCUCCACCUCGAGGCACUGCGAGGCAACCGGAACAAACUGUGACUGCUGACGAUGGCUGACCCUGCGAGAUCUACCCCCUCUCCCCCCCCUCCUUUCUCAAUUCAGUCCGGUUGGCGCUUUGGUUUUUGUCUGUCUCGUGUGUGUGUUUACCUACUCUGUUCCUCUUUUUUUUCCCUCGUCAGCCCUGGAGAUGACCAACCAGAGGCGUUUGCCCUCCUUCAGCAUCCGUUUUCGGGUGAGUGCUUGAACGUCCGUUUUCGUUGAUUAAUUUUAUGCUCAGGGUAACUACAUCCCGCUCGGUGAGCAUUUUGGAGUGACCAGAGAAUUGAAUCAGACUUCAUUGCUCCUCCUCAGUGCGACCUUUAUGGCGCUUUCAGCCAUGUAAGAUCCAGAUCGUCGCUUUUUAGUUUUCUCAGAAAUUAUCUACCUUGAAUACACUGAUCUACUCCAACUUCGGAGAUAAUUUCUGAGGAAAGUAAAAAGCGACAAUUUCUAAAUUGGAGUAUCUCCCAGAAAACACACGGGGAAUGCUGGGGAACCCCUCGCAGCUGCGCCAUGCAGUGGCAAAACAUCGGCGAACCACGCGUGUAUGGGUUUUUGGCUAGUACCUGUGCUUUUAGGAUGGUAUCACCUUACCCAACGGAUCCAGAUCGCCCAGUACAUUCACCGGAGCCAGACCGUGUGUGGCUCGCGUAGACGGGUUGUUCCAGUUUUUUGCCAUUGUGCCUGUAUCAAUCUGUUGUCGUCUUGCCAUUGCCUUUCCAUCGGGUGGAAGGAGGGAGUGCGGCAGAUGCUGCCGUAUAUAGCCACGUCAGUCUUAAGGUGAACUACUUUUCUGUCUAUUGGCCUCGCGUAAAUGCGAAAAAAACGUCUAUGAUACCGGAGAAGUGGGGUAGGAAGGGCAUAGUGUUUGCAAGUGGUCCAUCAGACCAAACGCUGAAAACGUGAGUCCGAACAGAAAAUGGUGGGAGGUAGGCUGCCACCGACGGAUGACCCGCGAGUGGUACAAGUCGGCUACACUGUUCGGCCACCGGAAAAGAUGCAGUGACUCCGACCCGUGGACGCUUUCGUUUCCUCCCAUUUCGUUGCCCGAUUAACCUUAUGGUCUGCCUACGCGAUGCGCCUUCCAGGGCAUAGGAGUUGCCUUUUGUCGUAACCACCCAGACCUCGGUCACGUCGCAUGGAUCAGAAAACGGUCGAGGAUCUGAGGAGCUUACUUCCGACAGACAAAACGAGCCGCAUUCUAAGCAAGUUGGGAAUGCGAACUCGGCCAGUGUGUGCACGUGUUGACCGAUCGCCAAAAAGGCCCUGCCCUGUUGCUCUACCGCCAAAUGAUGGCCGUGCAUAUAUGUGCCUCGCGUUAGGCAGCGGCCUUAUGACCCUUCAGUCACCGCACCUUGACUCUCCUUCUGUCGACCUGAUUCAGUCUUGCCGUCCGGUGGGAGACGGGCGAGAGACUGCGUUCUGUCUACUGGCCAACGUUUUUUUAAUCUCUGAAGGCGCUCCUAAAGUCGCGACUUGAAAGGCUAUCAGCGUAUGGAAUAACGUAGUCCUCCUCCUCUGGAGUGAGGGUCAAGCUGUGAUAACCCCUUUGCAGUUUACUUCUCGAGACCGGGACGUGUGUGUGGCACGCGUAAACGUGGAUUUUGGCACAUCGGACCCUGUGCCCGCACACAUCUUCAGCUGCCCUGCGGGAAGACAGCUUUGCGUAGAUGCUCAACUUAAACUUGUACCUGAUACGGUUGCGAUCAUGCCUGAUCUAGCCGACCUCGAUGAUGUCCCGAACUGUACCUCUCCACGCGUGAAUAUCCGCGGCAGCAGAUCUGGGCAGCUCAACCCAUUCCCUUCGCCAACGACGUAGACCGAAUACCGAAGGUCCAAGAACCACCUCCAUGUCCUGACGAACUGUGUCGAGCCAGGUUUUGAACUAACCCCCUUUUCGACGCCUCCAAUGGGGCAACGGUGCCGGAUCGAGGGCAGUAACACUGAGCUUCUGAGGUGGACGACGAGGAACAUGCCCGAACCAGCUCAAUCGUCUUUCUUGGAUGGCCUGAGUUAUCCUUGCGAUGUUGUCGCAGCGAGCGCGGACUGUCUCAUUUGAGCCGAAGUCAGUGAACUUCACUCGAAGGAUGGUCCUCAAGCAGUGGUGGUCAAAUACCUCCAGUUUUCGUUCGUCCUCCACGCGUAAAGCCCAUCAUUCACAACCGUAGAGAAGGACAGACCGGACAGAUGCACGGUACACGCGAAUCUUAGUGGCGAUGGAGAGGUCACGUCGGAUCCAUAGGCAUUUCCGAAGGCUUGAGAAAACCCAGCAGGCAGCAUCGAUUCGGGCGACAAUGUCUUUCCUACUCCGUCCAUUAGGUCCGUGUGAUAUGUUCGUCGAUGGGAGAAGUUAUUAGGAGUGCGCUUUUUGUGUGACAGUAGUCGAACGGGCUCACCCUGUGGACUGCGCUUCGAUGGUCGAGGCCUAUCUAUCUCAGGGCAUUGGCAAUUCAAUCAUCGUCGAUCGUUGCCUCCUGAAUGCUUUAAAGGGAGGUCGCUGUUUAUGGGCAUUUACCCUAUCCGGAAGUGUUUGUACUACUUCGAUUCUCGUGUAGAUUUAGUUAUGUGCAUACUCAGCGGUGAUGGCAUGGCGGUGUGUUGGGCUAAGAAUCUUAACGGUCCCUUUAUAGAUUUCAUCCCCAAAAAUACCUGUUUAGGUAAUGCCCUUUUCCCCAAGGCAGAAUUACCGAAAUGGCAAUCUCUCGUUAACCCUUUGCAGGAACUCGCUCCUUUGUACAUUCUACUAUGUAAACAGGAAGGCGUAGUAGAUGACUCAGUGGCCGUUUCUGGUUCAUCCACCGUCUCCGGUCAGUCGUACGCUGAGCCGACACAACCUGACGUUCGUGCCUGAGCUCGACGGAGCAGCGGUUUUUGCAAGCUUAUCCCCUGCUGAUUGCGAAUGGACUAUUCAAAGUCACAUGUACGUAACGUUAACCGGCUUGGCCUAGCUGCACUACAAUCACCAGCAGCACCCGGGUCGACGAGGAACUUGCACUUCGAAUACUCGAGCAUGGUCGCAUCUUUGACAAACUGGGACCACUAGUAUGAAACCGCUACACCACCUUCAACACCGAGCCGUGGUGUUGACUAAACCUCUCUUCGACGCCAAAAGUCGGUCCCUCUGCUCAGGUGCCAGGAAGUUAGCACCAAACACUUUCACCCCUUUUUGUUCUGAUAGUCGCGGAGAUGGAUUGGCAGAAACUUUUACCCUCACGUCGGGACCCUAGAAUCGAUCUGCAUGCUCAGCAUCUUUCCGGCGUCAAGGCAAAUCCGACUUUAAUGGAAUGGAUACGUUUUUAGGGUGUCAGAUGAACACCAUCCUGCACAAGCGGCUGCGUGCUGGGAGGACGGUGAAGCAGUACCGCAAUGCCUUGUGCUCAUUCAGGGCUACGUGAGAAUGCGCAAGUGACUGUCAGACACAGCGAGCCAUAGGACAAAUUGGAAUUGAGGUCGUUGAAGCCAGUCAGCUGCUGGAGACCAGGGAAAUGCCAUAAGAAUUGGAUUAUGGAGAAACACCGCUGUAAGCGCACUUUUAUGGUCCACAUUUGCCCUACAGGUUACCUUCGUAUCCACCAAAACAACGCCCGUGACACUAGGUCAAGGGACACAGUCAUCGUCGCUCAGCCGUACCCCGCCUGUGAUCUCAAUUUCUGGCCUCGCUCCGUUUCCCCAUGCCUCUCAAUCAUACAUUUUUAGAGGCAACAUUUCCCACCGAAUGCCUAAAACUGUGGCGAUAUUUGGGGACUCGAAUCUGUCUAAACUAACCCGUUAUGCUGUAACAAGCACAUCGUUCUUAGGACUUUUGGAUGUUUUUGUUUAGCUUUUUUGCAUUUUCGCCUUCUUUCAGUCAAGUCUGUCCCUUAGUUACUCUCGAAAGUAGCUUAUUCGAACGUUAGGAACGUUGAUAUUGAUGUGUAGCCCUGCGACUAUCGUAUUACCUUCCAAUACUCUUCCUGGAUGUUUUGUGGCUCCCUCCUAACUUGUUCCUGUGCGAUCUGCGUCCUUCGUUGUCCAGAUCGACCUUUGAGGGCCAGAGACCGCCCUUUCGUUCACCGCCCCCUCCAUUUGAACCCCAUUAGCGAGUCAAUCUUAUUGUAAAAAACAUCUUACUUUUUACUAUUUAAGUAGUCGCUAUAUACAAGUUGCAUUUGUAAACCCCAGGUGAAGGCAAGCAGUCUGUGGGGCUCCCGGAGUCAUCGCCCGUCUACGCGACAGUGCCGCUACCCCGGCGACGGACGAAACACGCGUCUCCCAGCACAAGUGUCAUAGGUUUGUUCCUGAUAGCCCCCUGUUUCACUUACCGGUCUUUCCUGUUUGACGCCUGCUUACUAAACAUCCCACGUGCUCUCCAGUUCGUAGUCUGUGUUAGUAUGUCUUUAUUUCCCAUGGGGAGGCAGAAGUCCUACUGAGUUUCUGCGAAAUAUUACCUUUUAUUUUUGGUUAUCUCCUUGAGCGAAUAAUGUAGAUCGAGUUCGACUGGACGAGGACCUUAUAAGUUAGACCGGCUGAUGAGUUUCUAAGUGUCGUUUGAGCAAACAACCACCGCUUUAGGACCUAGAUGAUUCUAGGGUCAUUGUGUCGUGUAUAACCACAGCCUUGUUACAGUGCACCAUUUUCAGGGAAUCUGCUCUGAUUGCACAGCGAAACACAUGACUUCUUCUUGCCUUCGAACUCACAAUCUGUCGCGGUCAUACACUUGCGAAAUAUGUUCGGCCACUUGAUGUGGAAUUAUAGUAUAUUAAACUCUAACUGGUCAUUCCUACCUGCCUGUUCUCUUCAGUGGACAUUCUUACAUUGACUUUACGUUGUUUGUUAGACCUACGGCCUCUUAAUUCUAUACGUAGGCUUGGUCUGAACCGUUGAAUACUCGUCAUUGUGAGUGCAAACUCCGUUCAGUGCCAAGCGGGACUGCUUUGCGUCGGGAUUAGGUGUGGCUGGCUGAAGACUGCUGAUAAGUCGGGAAUAGUCCCUCUGGUCUCUCUCCUGUCUUUUCCGGCAAUGUCAUUCUGUCUAAAUUAUUAGUCCCCAUGCGGUUACCUGUGGGGCUCGAGAUCGAUCCCCAAGGCAAGGGGGGACGAGUAGAUCCCCAUCGAUGAGUGGUAAUCGGUAAAGCUGUAAGUGUGCUCCAGUCGGGCUCGAUGGUUUUGGGGAUUGCACUUGCCUUUCUUCUACAGGAAUGGCCGGCUGGAUACCUGAUACAUACAGAUCCGUGUGAUGAUGUGGAUAUCGCGGCGAAUCCAUGAAGUCUUUCCGUGAUUCGCGAAAGCCCUGUGAAGAGCAUCUAUCCGUAAGGCGACACUGUCCCCAGUCUGUCCAUUCAACAGCAGCCCUGCUCAGUGGUAUUUGAAAUUAUUUUCUCCUUCAAAUUGUUAGCUGAGGGGUGCAUUCUAAUCAGGAAUGUAGUUCAAAAAGCGUCUCAAAAGACUAUGUUCACCGUGUGUCUCCACAACGUGGUGGACGAUGGCGGACUUGCGCUGCGUCUACCGCACUCUCUCUCUCCCCUUACCCACCUGAACCCAAUGUUAUGACAGAGUCAAGUAUUCCGCAGUGCGUGUGCCAUGUACACUCAGGAUCAACGCACAAGUACCAGGGUUUCACAGAAGCAAGGGGGGCUCCGAUCCAAUCUGAUUGGAUGCUGCAUUGGCCACACUAAGAAGGAAUCAUUGCAGCCUGACUUUCCGCUUUGAGAGGACCAAGUGACCCAGUCAGUUUGCCGUCUCCAAAGCCACGACUUUUUGCGUGCCAUGAUAGUUUCAAAGCGCCUAGUCCUUUUUGUAGAUUCUGGGAACGGAGUCCUUAGCAUCAGCCUCUCUCGCUCUAUUCCCUCACCCAUGCCCCAGCCCUCUGUCCGAGUCGGUUAGCCAUUUGGUACUGGAGUUGAACAAGCGGCCGGCGCGGCACGACCCUGCGCCUAGGUGUGCCGCAGUACUUCAACCUCCGCAUUCGGGCUCCACGCAGCCUGGUUUACGCGUUCCGUGCUCUAAUCUAUCCACUGUUUUGCGCAUCUCUUGGGUGCAAAUUCAACACCCUCAAGGCCCUGCAGGGUCCUUCCUAGAAGUCAGUCAGUGGUGUACUUUAACAUAAUAGGCAAUAGGAUGCAAUCUUUUCAAAGCGGUCAGGAAAGAUCGUUGUGAGCUACAGUUGGCGACAGUAGGUGCUGGUCCUGACGAAUGCUCUUGCCACCGCGGGCGCCCCUACAGAACGGGAUCGAACUCUGCAGAUGAGCAACAAAUUGCCAUCUUGUUGAACGGUAUGGAAAUAUUGUUGUCGCGGUACUUCGCGGUACUGUAUCGAAAUCAGAUCUUAACCACAGCGGUGGUGUUUGCCAGCAUGUACCGCCUGAUUUCGUUAUCCUCCGCAGGGCUGCACGGUGGACGAAAUCGAACACUGUGACGAAGUUCGCAAAGUUAACGUCAGUAUGUUAUUACCGAGAAAGACAAGGGAGACUGGAAUGGUCAUUUCGGGCUUGUUAGCCGUCGUCAGCCAGUCAUACCCAACCCCGAAGUGUGGAACACCCGGUUCUCCAAGUGUUCUUUCAGUUUCGCAGCUCCCUGACUGCAGAAACUACACCAGCCAAUGAGGAAUGUGCUCAAACAAAGCCACACGCACUACCGCGCCGUUGGCUGCUAGGUAUCUUGCCAGGGCGGUUACCGUAAGGUAAUGGAUAAUUAUCAACCUUUUUUUACUAACAGCCGCCCACCCAGAAGAGCGCAGAACUGCCUCCGACAACAGGAGGGUUGCGUGUCUCGGCAGAAGACGCCUCGUAGGGGACAUAUCUCCGCUAGCGGAGAGCAAUAGACGCCGCAGGUUCGCUUUGCAACGUCUGCGUCUUCCGAGCCUCUUGUGUUCCACACUUCGGGGUCGGGUAUGUGUUAUGACCCGCCUGGUACUUGAAAUCCCGUGGAGCGUAUACGCACUCGACCCUUGUCCCCAAUGCCAAAGCGGCAGACAAAGAAAACACGGAUGGCCACGGAAAGUGUAUAAGAGAAACACCGCAAGUCACGACUAGCUGAAAGGUGACGCAUAUUUAUAACACCCUACUGUGGUUCGCCGACAUUCGGCCCAAUGACCUUCGGGAAGAGGAGAGUAGCCAAUGGAGAGGCGCCCGAUUAAGAUGACAGCGCUGUAGAGAGAGUAAACGCAAAUGGUCUCCAGUGAUUGGUUGGCUCUUGUUUUUGGGAGUGCAGGCACUCCCAACAGUAUGACUGGCUGACGACGGCUAAUAAGCCGGAAAUGGCCAUUCCAGUCUCCUUUGUCUUUGUCGGUAAUAGCAUAUUGCCUUUAUCGUGCGCCGCUGUGCGGCUGCUGGUUGGGCCCGAGGGAGAGCCCGUAGGGCACAACGGAACGAGUGAGUUCCGUAAGAACGAUCGGUGAGCGCCCCCUACCCAAGUUAACGUCUUUAGGCUGUUGGUCGCCGUGACACAACUCCAUAGUGCACUGCAGUGUGAAUAUAUUUUGAUCGGUGCAGUCUUUUCCCGCUUGGAACCUGGAUCGCUUGGGUCCCGUCUCCGAGUCAUACGUACGCUGAAACUGCCGGUGGACGAUAAUGUCGCCUCUCUCUCUAUGUCUCUCUAUGUCUCUCUCUCUCUAUUUCUGGGGUUGAGUGUCACACAACAUCGCAUGGUUGGGGAGGGGUGACGAGCCAGCCAGCGAAGUUGAAAAGGUACUCGAAGUGUCCCUGCCGUCGUCCGAUUUUGACGAGUUGGCAGCAAUAAAAUAACCGGAGUGUCGACACGAGACUUGUAGACUUAUGCACUUGGCGUGCCGUCCUCUUUGAACGCCUUGCUGUUACUCUGCCUCCUUGCUACAUUGCCAUGAUGGAGAGAUGAGACUCUGCUGCGAAGGAUGGCGAGAGCUGGUUGGUUGGUCAUCAAAGUUUACGAGGCUCUCGAACCGCUGAUGCCAGCACUCGACCUUGACCGAAUUGCCCGCACCGACCGGGUCGCCCAGUGCAGACCAUCUGGCACUAACUUCGCGAAUACUUUGGUAGGGCUUUCUAGUGUCACCGACGUCUGGGGCCUGCUUCCGAUGGUCAGUACUUUUUACGACUGUUUCCGACCAAUUUUGCUGUCGUUUUCCGUGAUUGGCAGAAGAACGUCGUGUUGCGUGAAGUGUCCUUAGCUGUCUGAGCAGACGAUUGCAAGGACCUUCAGCCGGUGUGGUCGUUGUGGUACCGCAGUGUGAAUCUGAGAAUUGGCCCAACUUCCCGGCGGACUGAGGACGUUAUUUUGAUGCCCCUCCUUUCCCUCAACUCGCGAAAAAAACUCAGAUUUCUUUUCUGCCAGAAUCUCAGUUCGUAAUUUUUCUACAUAGACGCAAGGAUGGGGGUGUGCGGAACCUCUGGUGCUUGAGAACGACAACAACGUUGCUAUUUUCGGCACUACGCAUUGAUUUGUCGUCAUGAACUUAACUGUGGAACGUUGAACUGGGAUGUAGUCACUCCGACUAACUGUACAGUGAUCAUUUGACUAGCAGAUUGUCUGGUAUUUCUGACAGUGCCAAUCCGGUUGUUCUUCUCCCUUUCCAUGCCGAGCUACUCCUACGAAGACCGAAUGAUUCGGCGAUACCCUGUGAAGCAAGGGGUAGGGAGUGAAUAUGUCAACUCAUCGGUGAUAAUUGAGCACAGGGACUCCACUAAUUCGGGAGGGAUGUUAAUAUUAGUCUUAUCAGCAGAGUAGGUGGACGCGGCAAUUAUCAGAAUCUGCGACAGGCAUUUGGAAAAUUCGCAUUUCUUCCAUGUCUUUAUUUUAUUACUCCAACGAGGUGCCGUAAUAGACCGCCCAAUUUGAAUGAUGCUAAGUAGCGGCACUUAAACCAAUGGAAAACAGAUAAUCCAAGGUCACUGGUUAGAGAAUGCCGGAUUGGGUAAAAGGGCAUGCAGUAGGCAAGCUUAGCCUUAAUCUCUAACCUAACUGUAACCUAGACCCAGCCCUAACCUUGAGCGCCUUACGGCGAAUAAACUCUGGUACACUAUACCUAUUUAAAUUAAAUAAGUAAGCACGUCAUUGUUAUGUAAAAACUCAUGUCUGAGCAUUCAAUCAGUAAGCACGGUUUCCGGGAUGCCGUUCACUGGCCGUCCCAACUUCACAUUCGAAUCACAUGAUCCUCACAUUGUGUCCGAUCGAAAGUUCUUAAAGCGAGAGGCCAAACUGGCCAGUGGCACAGGUUAAUCGGGUCGCACUUAAACAUUAGCCCUAAUGCCGUCCCAACCACCACACCUAAUCCUAUCGCCAGCUGCCCGAGAGGCUCGAACAGUCGGCUUGCGCAUGGGAGAGGAAAAAGAAAGUGAAGCCAACAUCGGGGAGGAAUCCAUUCUCGCGAAGUAUUAGGGCAUUCCUUCCUAUAAUAAAUCUGCCGCGCUUAAUUCUACCCACCACGCGCCAAGUGUUGUGAACAGCAAAGGUUUUUAACUGAGGGGAUAACUCAGUCUUUCUCAGGCUGCAACGUUUCCUUCUGAAUGUGUCCGUGACGACACUCCCGACCCUAACCGCCCUUGCAGAAAGCCUGGCACAUGUGUGGCACGCGUAGACGGGCUGUCCGACCUUCCCAACAACUGCCUUCGUGCCCACUUCCGCUUUUCUUGAUUAUACCUUGACAUCAGAGACGAGGUGGACGAGGAAGGAGAGAGAGAGAGUGUGCAUUAGAUUCUGCGCAUGUCUACCUCACUAUAAACUACUUCACGCGAAAUUACUCGGUCCUACGCCCACUCCAUGGAAUACGCGACACUGAAUGCCGUCGCAUGCGACUGUCGAACUGUCAUGUCAGAUCACUCGUAUUCACCACCUGACGGGAGCCUGAUUAACCCGAAACGGCUGCUGCCUCCAGCUGAUUUCUUCUGGAGCGUCAGCUUCCAAUGGGUGCGCGUCCGUUCGAAGCUGUGCGGUGCUUUGAAGGUGGAUCGUAUAAGGUUUUACUGAUAAGCAUAGUAAGGGCCACAAAUGCAUUGCUGCAGUAUAAUGUCUGCUGGACACUUCGGCUGCUCUGACCGAUGAUGUCCACCGUGUGUUCCACAGCAGGACGAGAGCGGGGGCGGUGACUGGCGUGCGGACUAGUUCAUACUGAUGGUAGACUUGCGCAGCACCUACCGCACCCUCCCCUCCUCCUCCUCCUUCACCUAGCGCGUUCCCAGUAACGUCAGUCACCGCAUAUGCCUCACGGUUCGUUUUGGGGGCGAAGAAUGUCUGCUCACCUAUUGUUUCAAUCACUGCCCCUUUUUUAAAUACUUAGGCGAGCAUACGGGGCAGCAACUUCCUCCCACAACCAACAUCUACGCCACUACUCCCCGUCGCGCUGGCAGCGCAGUUGGCGCUGAUGCAUCCGAGGAUGGAAAGGGUUUGUAAUGCUUGUUUUUGCUUCUCACUCCUGUAAAUUUGCCUUUUGAUACUAUUGGCCUAAAUGUGACCAUAAAAAUAUGCAUAUUAUGAUAUGCCUACCCCUCCGGUGCGAUGAAUUCCGUGUAGUAGUGCGCUUUUGCGAUGCUGGCCCGAUUAUCGGAAGCGUUUGUCUUCAGGUGUGCUGGUCUUGUUCCCGCCAAAGGCACAUUUCCGCACAAUCCGCGCCUGGUUUCGUCGGUGCUACCGCAGCGCGUGUUUCGCGUCCACUAGUUCACAGGGCUAAUCGGUUUGUACGGCGCUCAUAACCUAUGCAGGCCGCUUGGCUGAGUUUGCGAUCGCAAGAAGGCCUCGUUGCUUGUCCGACGUCUUCAUGGGCAAGCUGGAGAGAUUUAAACUAAGCGAUCAGAUCAAAAAACUUAAACAUUACGGUCGCCACGUUGAUGAUAUCUUUGCUAUUGCAAUCACAGAAACCGACGUUGCUGUCCUCCUAAGUUCUGUAAACCGAGCACAUCCAUCGAUCAAAUUCACGUUGAAGAUGGAAUCGGCCGGUUCGCUUCCUUUCUUAGAUGUCCUUCUAAACAGGAGAUCGGACGGUAGCCUCCGAAGGGGCGUCUACCGGAAGAAAAUCUGGUCUGGAUAAUGCACGAACUUCGCUAGUUUCGUAGCUCUCCAACAAAAACGAAAUCUAGACAGGUGUUUGGCUCAAAGGGCUAGAAAAAUUUGUUAAACAGAUAGUAUCGAGGAGAAACUUAGAAAAAUCCAGGACUUGCUUCGCGAAAACGGACAUCCUGGCAGAUUCAUUGCAAAAAACCUUGACGAACGACCCGCAAAACCCGCCACACGGACCGCCGAAAAGAAAGCGUUGUUCCUCAAAGUCCCUUUCCAAGGAGAUGCUGCAAGUGAACUCCUAAGAAGACACCUUGGCCAAACUGCCUCGGGAACGCGCCCAGCAGCAAGGGUUCGCAUAUACUUCUCUACUUACCCUAUUUUACGCGGAGAAGGCAAAGAUAGGCUGCCACCUCAGACCGCCUCAAUGUGCAUCUACUCAUUCAUUUGCUCCUGUGGAGCAGGUUAUAUUGGUCGUACGAGUCGGCGCCUUUCCAAAAGAAUACGAGAGCACCUUCCUGUGUGGCUGGCAAAAGGUGAAACUAGGAGAAUAGACAGCGCCAUCCUUGCGCAGACAGUGGAUUCAGGGCAUCGUAUGGACCCCGCUGAAGCAUUUCGUGUGAUUUACAAGGUCCUUUCGAGUUACCCUAAACUACUGGGCCAGCGCUUGUUAGCAACAGCAGAAGCGACCGCCACCAGGUUACGAAAACCGACCCUAUGCGUCCAGAAGAACCUCGUCCAGGCUCCGCGCCUACCGUGGUCAAAGGCUGACUAACCACAUACAACUUCCUGCGCCUUUCCGCUCUUGCCUAGCCUAUAUUUUAUAAACUAACUCUUAUCGAUUUUUCGCACUCAUAUAUGACUGUACUGGCCUGACGAGAAGUUAUCGAAAGCAACGUUCGCUCGCCACCUUUUCUUCUGAAAAGUAAUAUUCUCGCUAGGUUUUGACAUGGAACCUCAAACUCCAGUCGUCUCGUGUAGUCUACCGUGAAACAAACGGAAAACCGAAACAGACAACUGCGACUUUGAGUGUCCGUCGCUGGUUCUCUUGCCGCCGUCAUGUCGUAGCCACUGAACGCCUUGCCAUUUGAGCUCCUCGGCCUGUGGCAGGGCGUUUUAUUCGAAACUUUAUUAUCAACUAGCCCGGGUUGGAAUAACAAUCGUCCUGGUCAGCGACUUGAGUUUCUCUAACUGCCAGUGCCCAAUUCGCUCGAAAAUAGCAUUUUACUGUCGCUUAUCUUUGUACCACGAUUGGUUUACGGCGCAUGCUCGUCUAGUUGUGCUUUAGGACUUAAUUUAGAGCCUUCGCAGGCAGUCGCAAAGCGACCAGCAAUAUGUUGGUGUGACUUUUCGACCGUCGUAAGUGGCAACGUCCACUUCAGCACCGGUGGCUCGCACGAUUUCUACCGCGGUCCUUGCUCUGAUAGCGAGAUAAAGCCAGAACGACCGAAAAUUCCCUCUGGUUAAAUGACUCGUCUACGCGCGCCACACACGCGACUUGACCCAUUUUCCGGGUUUACCUGACAAUUCUGCAGAUGGCUUGGAUAUCACGUAGGUGGGAGUGCCAUACAGAUCACAGUCUUUAGGAGGACCGAGAUAUACCGUCAGUUUUCAGCCUUCCAGGCCACAACUCGUAGUGCGUCGUGGUAGGUUCAAGCGCGUCAGAUUUAUUAUAGUGAGGAAUGCAUUGAUUAGAAUGGGUCCCCGAUUUUCGGCCUCUCUCCCUCUUCCCUUUCCCACCCACCAUUUGACUGUUCGAGCCUAUCAAUCAACGGGUAAGGAAAUUAAGCGUAGCAUCUGGCGCGUUGUGAGGGCAUAUAUUUGAGGCAUCCCGCUACACGCACUAGUCCCGUACUCAUGCGAGCUCAGCGCGUGCCGUGGCCUUGUCGGACUUCCGUUUUUGUCGCGCGCGCAUUACAGCUCAACCCCUCCUGUGGGCCUGGACACACACUUGUCUGUUUUCAAUCACGUAAACUACUUUUUCGUGACUUGCAUAGGACAUGUGUCACCCUAUGCACCGUCGUCUGACUUCUUCGUGGCAGAAGACUACAGUAGGUGGGUUAGCUCAUGAAAUGUCGGCCGAAAUUUCGAAAUUCGUUUCCGUUUCAAAUAGAUUAAUUAAGUAAGGUUGUAAAACUAAUCAUUUUGCAGCAUAAUUCUAUAAUCAUCCAGUUACCUCAGGGUGCCAGCUUUCGAAUGAACAUCUUUCCGACUGCAUGCAAGAACUAUGCUCUGUAAAAAAUGACUACUUAAAGGGCAUACAUUUUUCUCAUCGAUUUUCGAUACCCCGUAAACACUCAAUUACAUUUCAUGGAAAACAUGCGCAAAAUAUUCAAUCUUUUGCUCAGUCGGUAGAACAUUACGUCUUCUUCCAAUUUUAUACUCGAAGGAAGGGUAUGAUUCGGUUUUCAAAAACUCUUCCAAUUACCGAAUAACUUUGAACUCGACCUGCCGUUACACUUGCAUUCAGGGUUUCCAAACUACAAGUCGUAUAUUUUCUGCGUAUGGAAAACCGUACAUUUCUCUACGGUAUUAAGAGAACGCCAUGUGGGGUUCAUAAUAUUUAGCAGUGGAUUUGAGCCAUAUUGUUAACUUUACAAGCCACAUUAGUAAAUGUAGAGACAUGACGAUUUAUGAAUGGCCAUUCCACGGUAUUAAAAAAUCGCACAGAAACUUUUUAAAAACCGAAUUAUACCCUUCCUUUGCGUAUAAAAUUGGAAAAAGACGCCAUUUUCUACCGAAUGAGCAAAAGAAUGCAUAUUUUUACGCAUGUUUUCCAUGAAAUAUAAUUGCAUUUUUAACGGUAUCGAAAAUCAACUAAAAAAUUGCAUACUACACAAGUGGUCAUUUUUUACAGAGUGUAGUUCUUGCAUGUAGUCGAAAAGGAGUUCAUUCGAAAAUCUACACCCUGAGGUAACUGAAUUAUUAUAGAAUUAUGCUGCAUGAUGAUAAGUUUCACAAUCCUACUUAAUUAAUCGUUUCGAAACGGUAAUGUAUUUCAAAAUUUUGGCUGGCAUUUCAUGAGUUAGCCCACCUACUGUACUUACGAGCAGAGUGGACGGUUUUUAAUCAUAAGGCGAAUGCGAAUUAGACUAUGUAUUACUCCUGGCAUCGGAAUCCCUGCGUGCGAGCGUGGGGUGGGUCGACCCAACCCCAAGGACGGUGAUUUUGUUUGAGGGAAAGGGCAAUAGUUGGGUUCAACUCAUUUUUUCUCUUCCGUUUAAAUCUUAGGCUCCAAGCGGUCUUCUACUGUGGUCCUUCCUCCGCCAGGCGUGCCCGACCCUGAAGAUGGUGUUUGUAGCGCCACCCCCGGUGAGUUUUGCUUACCACUAUCGACCUUUGUCCAGCUUAGGGACAGUGGUUUUUUUCGUUUUCUCCAAUAAUUUAUCAUAUCCGCAUUCCAGAACCUCAAGUACAGGAAGCUGCUCCAUUGCCCGCUUUAUCCUCCCCAAGCUAUUCAGUUGAGGCGGAGACCGGUGCUCAAACCGGCCCUUCAGAGGAAAAAUCAACCGAUAAACGUGAGUCCUUGCUGGUCCGCGCACCGGCCAACUGUUUCUGUGACCAUUUGAUUUUCUUUCAAUCGCGCGCAGCCACUUAAAUGGAAGGCAAAGGAGUAUUUGAUCAGUGGUUGGCCGCAGUGUCGGCUACUUCAAACAUCUAUUAGAGGUGGGCUCGCCCAUUCUGAAGCUUGCAUCCGUUUCAGAAUGUUAGCUAGGGUGGUUGUCUGGGUUGUUAAAAGUGCGUUUGUUUAAACUAUGCAUUUUCCGAACUUCUACCGCCUUAUUUGUAACUUGUUAGUUGACAGCUGAAGGAGUAAUUUGCAUUCGUCUUGUGUGCUACUCUUCCGCCACUGGCCUCGGAAUCUCAAUAGUCAGUGUUUUAAUGUCGCUAAUCUUUCUACUUAAAUAAUACUCAGUAGCUGCGUUUGCACGGCACAUUUUGUUCCUCCUGCUUUUCUACUUGCCGUUUCUUAGGCCUGGGUGAAUAACGUUGUUUUAUGCCCGUCUUUUUUUAAUUAAGUUUUUUUACGCUACGUUCGGCUCCGGUUAUGUUACGUUGUUUGUUUUAGGGAGGCCUGACACGUUAUUCCUUCUCAGUGUUUCCCCUCUUCUGGGCGCGUCUGUUAAUCCGCGCAAAUUUACCAACAUUCCUUGUGGCUUUAUUUGAUUCCCGUAUUUUUUUUUUAGCUCGAAGGAUGCGAGUUGCCCGUGAUCGCAAACGCAUGAAAUGCAGACGUACGUAAACUUUUAUUGAACCGUCACCUACUGCUUAUGCGUUUUAUUGAAAGUGUCUUGAAAUACGUCCUUCUGUCGUUUUGUUGCCUUUCGUAUCCGUAAACUCUUCCUCUCCCUCAUCCGCAGCCAUCGACUUCAAACCAGAAGACCCCAUGUCAGAUCCGACUGAACCCAUGGCAGCCGGCACCUCAAGCUCCACUGCGCAACAUAUUACUGAGGGUACGUUAGCUCGACUGGAUUCGCACCUCCAAAUCACUGCCGCAUGUUUACUACUUUUUCUGCGAGGUUUUCGUGCCAACGCAUGCCUUCUUGACCUUCGUGACCACCAUGCUACACUCUAUUACCCUGUCAUGGACCCCCUAGAUCUUCUCCUACCUUGUUGAUUCCUUGUCUCUCGGUGUUGAUCCCCUAUUGGCGGAUUUUCGCCGUUCAGGCUCUACUGCAAGGCGAAAUGCAUGCACUCUUUCCAGUCGUUGAUAGUCUUUCUUCAUCCACGGUCGCCAGGUCUGGACUGCAUACUCUAAGUGAGACCGGACGAGUGCCCCAUAGGUUUUUCCGAACAGCUUUUUAUCGAUCUGCACAAAUCCUCGCCUCAGCGCAAAUAACAUCCUUAUCGCACCUUUGGCUGCCCUUUGACAUUGUGAUGGUGAGGAGGUCAUUAUGACGCUGAGGUCUUUCUGUUCCACAACAUUUGAAAGGGGCUGACCACCAAGGACGUAUUGGAAGGAAUCGUGCUCCUUACUGGUCUUUUUGUUGCGGAGUCUCAGAACCACAUAUUUGUCCACAUUAAAAUUAAGGAGCCAAUGAGUUAGCAAACUGUUCAGGCGGUUGAGAACGUCUUGAAGCAAGUACCUGUCUGCAUCAGAUCUGAUGGUUCUCCACAACUUAACAUCGUCAGCAAACAUGAUGGCGCUGCAUCCCAGGUCGUCGACGCAGUCGUUAAUGUAAGCCAGGAAUAGCAACGGCCCUAAGACGGAGCCCUGGUGUACAUCACUUUGAACGGGGGUAGGAGUUGACCUUGAGGCCUCAACGCACACGGUUUGAGAUCUCCCUGUAAGAAAAUUUGUUAUCCAUAUCAGCAGCCUUCCUUUUAUCUCGAUUUCAGAAAAUUUUUAGAUUAGGCGUUUGUCCUACUUUGUUGAUUCAUUGUCCCUCAGUGUUGCUCCCCUAUUGGCGGAUUUUCGCCGUUUAGGCCCUACUGCAAGGCGAAAUGCAUGCGUUUUACUUCUUGGACUGUCUUUCAACUAAGACACGUCAGUAGCCUCGGGGCGAUUAGUGAUGUGGCAGUGACUUGCGCAUGGAUUAGUUUACAAUGACAGUAGACUUGCCUAGCAUCCCCCCCCCUCGCACACCCCCUUCUCCACCCACCUAGCCCAGUGUCAAGACAGAGUCCAGAGGCCCGAAGGGGUUGGAUCGUCUGCGUGUGCCACACACACGCCCGAUCCGCGCACAAAGAGCCAGGCCUUCACAGAAAAAAGGAGUGCCUGGAUCACAACUGAGUAGGAAUGCCACAGAGGCCACAUUGAGAGGGAGCCAUUGUAUCACGACUCUCCGUCCUGGACGGACCAAGUUGGCCCGUCAGUGGGCAACCUCCCAAGUCACGGCCUUAAGCGCGCCGUGGUGGUUUAAAUGCGCGUCAGAUUAUUUAUAAUAAGGAGUAUGUUCUGAGUGUCUUGUGGACGUUGUUCCUUGAAGAAGAAGAAGAAGAAGAAGACACGAUCGCCGCGACAAGAGCUUUAUUAGCCUGACGUUUCGGAUUCCUGCUCGAAACCAUCAUCAGAGACAAAGGCAGAUGUGGGUGGUUCAUGCAUAAGGGGCUUCAGUAUUUAUGGGAUGCUGCCGCCAUGCUACCGCAUACCUAUGAAUAUUCACGGCUCCCCCCUUCAUCAAGGAUCGUUGCCCGUGGUGUGAUAGCUGUUUGAUGGUCGAAAUUCGCGUCGUUAAUUGCUGCAAUUUCAUCGCAUGCGUUGGAUGUUGGUGUGAUGAUUGCUCGACCAUCUGACGCGCUGACUUGAGUGUUGGCAGAAGUGUUCACCUGUGCGCUCCCCAAUUGGUCAAUUACUCCGCCUAGGCGAAAUCUCAGCACCCAGUAUGGAAUGGGCAGAUCAUUGCACUUGUUAAUGGACUGGGGCGCAGUAACCCAUGACUCAAGCAAUUCCCGGCUCAAACGGUUGUCAUCUCUUGCGAGGAUUUCGGCCUCGUCAAAUUUGAGUGUUUGGCCGGAUCUUGUCGAAUGAGCUGCAACUCGCGAGCUGGCGUCAUUUCUCCGCGCCGCUGUAGCGUGUUCGUGCUAUUCGCGUUCGACUCUGGUUUCCCCGACGUAGUUGCUUUGUCCUCAACUGCACCAGACCCGAUAAACGACCCCAGAGAUUUCUUGCCGUGGUAGGGGAUCUUUCGGUUUUAUUAACUGACGCCUGAUGGUUGCCUCCGGUCUGUGCGCAACUCCAACCCCAAGUGGUGCGAGAAGGCGGCCAACAGCUUCCGAAACGUUCUUCACAUACGGAAGCACUCGCCAAAAUGUGGUGUCCGUGCGGUUAGGCCUUAGGACUCGUCUCUUCGCUUCUGUUGUUCCUAGAGUCGACUUCACUCCUCCUCCUUCCCUCCCAGGCAUCAGUCUACUGUCUAAGCCGGUCAGUCAUCUGAUGCGGGAUUGGCGCCAGUGGCUCACAGAGCUGAACAACCCGUCUGCGCGGGGAUUUCACACAAAAGGGGAUUAGUGACAUCCAUUCUGGAUACGUAAUUGGCUAUUUCUGGCACACCUGCCAUACUCACUAAAUCCUAUCUCGGUCCCAGGCCGGUUGAAUCUGGAGUUUGAGCCUGACUCCGUUCAUCUUGCAGUUUGCAACUCUGUCAGUUCAACUUUCCGAAUGUCCAUACCGGAAGCUGGAUUCGCCCAUCUACUGGAACUGUUCAUUUUAGUCACCCAUUUAUUUCAUCUCUGGUCAUUCUUGUUUGUUUUUAUUGUUCUAUUUUGUUUUUUACCAUCAGCAUCCAUUUCUUGUGCAGUUGUCAUCUAGGAUACCAAAUUGCAUUGCCCUAGAAUAUAUCUACUUCUUACAUUUGUGCCUGCCUGCCCUCGAGCCGUUUUGAAUGCGUUUUGUUCCCUCUCGACGGCUUUAUCCUACUCCUUUCCGGCAGUCUUGCACCCUCUUAAAUGCUUUUUGUUCGAGUGCUGUAUCGAUUGGUUUGGACACUUUUCUCCGCCCUUUUUAGACCUCCUUAUGGAAGACCUUGGUAAGAUUGUAGAUCUUUUUUCCACUCUCCGUCUCUCCCUAACUUUUAAAACCCUUUGCGCUAAAUCGGUGGGGCUCCCUCUUGCUUUCACUUCCUGACGUCCCUUCUACUCCCCCCAUCCCUUCCUUUAUUGUUUCUCUCCAUUUCUUGUCUUUUAACUUUUUUUGAGUCUUUGGUCGCAGCAUCAUGCGCCCCCUUCUUUACUGACGCUAACGUUGCGUUGGUUCUGUGAAAUUUACUGGCUAGAUCAUUUUUUUCCACGCAGGACCGCAUUUCAUAUAACAGCUUGGAUAAACGAAUUGCAAGUCCACAAAUGCUGUGCUUUUACUUUUCGGCCAUUGGCCAUGUGCACUGAUUGGCUGGUUUUUGGCCAAUCAAAGAGUAACGUGAAUGUGUGCUGCUUGUUGUGUGGACAUUUUGCUGCGUCCAACGGUCAACGCUUCUAUUUACCCUCCCGCCGCGUCCUCGUAAACUCUCCGACCGACUGACCGUUUUGAUCCAUCUUUUUUUCAGGCCAUUGAUGUAAUGAAUGCCGAUCCGUGACUCAUUUGUCUUAUUUUUCUCAUAGGUGUUGGAGAAUUUGGAAAUUUAUGCGCCUACCUGCCUCGCAUAGAUAAGUAGUAUAUAAUUGUGGUCAAACCCGAACCUCUAAACUGUAGCUUCCACGCGCUUCUGCAGUGCCUAGCUCCAGCUUCACGCAGGGUGACUAAGAAAGGGGGAAGAGAAAUCGUUCCAAUAACCCUCGACCUGUAUUUUUGAUCAUUAUUAUUUGUCUGAAGUCAAAGGACUAAGUCCUACCGCCCUGUGGUUUCAUCCCUUCGUCAUUCUGUGCGUAUCCGGUCAGCUAUUGUCUUUCAUUUAUGUUUGGCCCCUUGAGCAGUGAGUCGUCAAUGCUGAUUUGAAUGAUUCUCCGAGGCUAGAUCGUGUCCAUUCGUGCGUAUCAUGGUUGCCUAGUCUGGCACGCACUCUGGGAUCAUCCUGUUUUCUUCGUCUUAACGGAAUUCCAUACGUACAGGGCUUUUUUCCUGACAAUACUCCUCUGCGACGCAGAAUCCAGAGCAGUUUGCCAAAGCCGACCAAGAAAGCCCGACCACUCCCUCGGACAUUAAAUAUGGAGUGGUGGAAACGGAUCUCGCAUAUCCAUGUACUUAGGCCGGCUGGCAUUCUGUGCAUCUGCGUCAUGCUGAGACAGGACCAUCGACGUUGGAGCAAUCACAUCGAGGGAAUGAUUGAUUAAUGCACGCUGGAAUGAUUCUGCCAUGGAGACGUCGCUACGCGCAAUCACGAACAGGAUUUAAUGAGAACGACACUACAAGGACACACUGAUAACCUCCCUCGAGUGCCUUCACAUUAGCCAAGAGACUUGGAGAACGAGCGGAUAGGACCAGCAGGUCUGCAAACAGCCGCCCAUAACUGGAGUCCAGUGCGAAACACUGGAAUGCCAUCGACCAGCACUUCAUACUGUCUAACUCCUGUCAAUAUAUGCUUGCUGUCGACGCACGUUUAAAGCCCUGAUAGUCCUUGCUGGGCACCCUUGAAUUCGUUGCAAUGGCAAUCCCAUCGACUCACCCCCUACAAAACCAACUGCCGCUACCACUAGCAUCACGAAUGAGAACAUCCUUCCCGCCCAUCCUCUCUGUAACACCAUGUUGCAGUCCCCGUUUGCUCUCCUCGGACAUAUUUGUGUUUGACCCAACGGAAACGUCGUCUGGACACCCAUCAACACAAGGGUUCAGACGUCCCCCCCCCGGCGUCGACUUGCCCACCAGCGAUCGCGCACCACAGUUAUGCAUCUAGUAUGUCGGCCACCUGCGAAUCUAUCGCAACACGAAUGGAAGAGUAAGGUGUAUAGACGCGGCCACAACCCUCUUGUUCAGCAUCGACGUGGACAUAUUCGGUUGGACGCGCAUAUGACACCAGCAAAUUCCAUCCAUCUCUCUCACCCACUUGGUUUCUAGACAUGCCGUCAAUACAUGGACCUUUUCGGUCCUAUGCGCGCACGCUGUGGCCAUCUACUAUACGCGCACUAGCCCUAGAGGGAUGCUUUUAAGAGUCAGAGAUGACGGCAGAACUACUCACUUGUUUAUUUUCGCGGGCAUAGCACGCAGUAGGCAACGGCUCUACGUAACGGAAGUCACUGCCUCCAGUUCCGUCACCAGUCCGUUAAGUGACCAUUAGUUCGGGGCGGUAGAAAGAGGACAGGUGAAGUUGAUCCGUGGGUAUUCUUGCUCAAAGCAAACCAAUUUACUACUCUUUAUAAUAAGUUGAGCGUGCUCGGACCGAUCACAGAGAACUAAAACUCAUAGCUUGGAUUACUGCUAGCCUGGAGCCAAGUCGUGUGCUUCAUGUAUAGGCAGCCGUUUAGCUCUGUCGGCCGCUACGCUCACACCUAUACUCUGUCUUCUUGGCAUUAUCUUGCCAUCAGAACACACCGGGUUUUGGAAACAGGGUGUGAGGUAGAUUCUACGCAAGUCCGUAUCCCUAAGUUGAUUCACUCAAUUCACCCUCUGCCUACGUCAUUGGACUUCGAGUAACCCUGCCGCCGACUGAGUUUGGGCUCCGCUUGCGGGAUUCAACCCACUACGUCUAUUUACUAAAUGUCAGAACCGCUAUUUUUUUAGUGUUACACUGCGUUUUGGCCCCUGGCCUCCUCCCUAAUAUGCUUCAUUCAUCUCCCCGUCAGAAAUCUCUGCCUUUGAAUCACGCAGGCCAGUUAGUUUUUACUUUUCCAAACCGACCACUUUUUGGCUUUUGAGCAAUAUUUCACUGCUUGAGGCUGUCCAGCAAGGGAUGACCUUUCUCCCCUUUGACUAUUCUCUAUUUCCUCCCUAAAUCUGCCUAUAUUUUACUUUCAGUUGAUUUUUAUGCUUCCCUUGCAGAUGAUCUUGUGUUUGUCAGAAGCCGCCUAAGUCCACAGUUUCAACACGAGGAUUCAGACUCUUCGCGCUCCAUCACGCAGAUUUUCCUUAACGAUCCCUGA